AUGCUCGUCGAUACGGUAUCCGAUGCACACGUGCACUUUCAUUAUUCGGCGAGAAGGUUCCGGGACGUGUUGUUGGCUAACAUUUUAGCGAGCCAAAACAAAAACGAGGUAUCGUCUUCCUGUAAUUCGUAGAUAAUAAUCUAUAGUGAUAAGUAAUACUAACGUUUUAUACUAUCGUAUGUUUCGUGCGGGCAUAAACGCAACUAGAAGGAUGCUGGGGGGGGGGGUCUAAAGUUUUGAAUUAGCACCCACAAACAUAUCCGUUAAGCUUUUUCGUAGUAUCGACUAAAUAUUUAUCAGUGGAUUACAUAAUUAACAAGUAGAACAAAAUAUACAUCACCUGCACAACAUGUUAAAAAGUCGAAAAAAGUUAUGAUACAUUUGUGUGUAAACACUUUUUAAAUAAAAUGUAUAGAAGUUGUUUAUUAUAAGUGACGUGUAAUUGCCUUCGUGGGUCAGUGAUGUGUCUAUGACUCAACGCCUUCAAAGUUUGUGUUGGAAAUAAACUUUGAUGGGAGGGGGGGGGGUAACGUGUAUAUUCGAUUUUGAAUUUUACAUUUUUCUCGUAUUCUGUAUAUCGCACGAACAAUAGUAUUAUUUACUUUUGUUUUCAAACGGCAACCCACAUCUUUUAGAUUCUGAGUGGAACGAAGAAGCUUAUAGUUUUACAAAGAUGUUUACUUUUUUUUUAUUUAUUUUUUUAUUUCUGUUGACGACUUUUCCACCAGAAAUCUUGCUCUGGUAUAUACGAUUUAGCAUCUUUUCUGAAAGGAUCUAGUUAAAAAAAAGAAUUCGAAAAUCCGGAAAAGAAUGAGAAAAACGGAAAAAAAAUCAUUAGUAAAAUAUUAUACGACCUUAUUUUUUCUUGUGAACAAAUUUUCUAUUAACAAUAAUUUGAUUCCAAUUUACAACCAUAGCGCUUGUUUUCAAAAGAAAAUCGGACGGGGAGGUACUUUAGAGAGGUCAUUUUUCGAUUUUCCCAUGAAUUUUCCCAGAAAAUGUGAAAAACCGGGAAAAUCGGUAUAAUAUUGAACAAAUAUUAUUUAAGAAAAUAUACAAUAUCUAUUUAAUUAUUUUAAUAUAAUAUGACAUAUUAUAUAUUGUUGACAAAGCUUCACUAUCAACUGAACUCUGCUCAGAAUCGUUAGCAAUGGUUUAUCGUUGUUUACAGAUAUACAUAGAAUUUCUUUCUGUAUCCUCCUUUCCCAACUCCUCACCUCGACUUCUCUCCUCUCUUGGUUACUGCUCUUACGUGCGAAAUAUGUCCACUUUUUUUUUUUAUUUGGAUUCAAAAAGAAAAUGUUUUUUUAAACAAAAAAUUGGCAUGCAUAAUUGUUCGCUAGUAAACACACAAAUAAAACGAUUGAUUUAUUUUAUUUUGUUUUUUUUUCAUUGUUUUUCUCACAUUUUAGGUUUUUUUUAAAAAAAAUACCAAGUUGUCUACAAUUUUUUUAAAUUCUAAAAUAACUACACUUUAUACCGGCUCUUAAAUAUUAGUAUUUAUAGUAAAUCACGUAUAAGUUCUAUUUAUAACACACAUACGUCAGAUUUCGACUCUUUGUACAGUUUUUAAUAAAGAUAUAUAGGUCAUACGUAAUAUUAUGUUUACUUGAUAGCUAAUUAAUUUUAGAAAUGUUUUUUGAAAAUUUUUAAUAAAAAAAAAAAAUAAUAAUAUUCGUAGAAAUUUACACGUCCGUAAAUUACACAUAUUUCAAAAUAUCAAUUUUUUUUUAAAUUUAUAUACACUAGUAUCAUGUGUCAUGUAUAAAAGAGAUAAUGAGUUUUAACAAUUGGAGACGAAGACCAUAAUAAUAUUGGAAAUGGCAAUGAAUUUUUAUAAUAUUCACGUUUAGACAAAUAUACGUGACAUUUAACAUGUUCGUGAUCCUUGAUUUAAUACAUUUAAUUUAAUUAAUUAAUAAAUUAGUAGUUUAAUAAAUAAAAUUAUUUAUUAGGAAACAUAAAUAAACGUAUUUUAUAGUUAUAAAUUACGGAGAAAGGGCUUAAGUCAAUUUCAUAAAAAAGAAAAUUGUUAAAUUGUUUAAGUACCACACCUGUCAACGAUAUCUUAUUUAGAUUUUUCUUGGUUAUUUCCUCUACGAUUGAAGAAAAUCAAAAAAAAAAAAAAAAAAAAAAUAAGGGAAUAUUUACGCAAAUUAUGGUUCCAGUAAUUUUUAAUUUUGAUUCUGUAGCGAUUCACUACAGAGACUCAACAUUUUCAGUAAAUAUUUAUAUUAGCAUUUUUUAGACGUGGUAUAGUUUUUAAAACCGCUCUGGUGACUAUUGAGUUAUUUUUAGCCAUUUGAAAUGUUCAAGUUUUUUAAUUUUAUAUGGCAGAUUUAUGUGGUUAAAAUUUGUUCGGUUUAUCAGAAAUGCUCGAUAAUUCGACUCAAGGUUCAAUUUACAUUUUUAAGUGGUACUGAAUAAUUUGAGACGCAUUACACGAAAAACAUUAUUGUUAUAUAUUUUUCGUACAUUUUUUCGACUCGGCAAUAUUUGUCCAUUUUAACGAUAAUUUUUUUUUUUGGUUUUUCCCAAUUAUUUUGGAAAACACAUCGGAAAAUCAAAAAAUGAUCUCCUUAACCAACUAGAUCUAAAAUUCAACAAAAAGAGGUUUCAUCUUAUCAUUUUCGACCGGAGCAAGUUUUCUAUUUGAAAAGUUUCCCACAGAAAAAAAUAAAACAUAUCAUAGAUAAACCAAUAGAUCUCUCUCGCUGCUCUCAGAAUCUAAAAAAAAAGUGCUGAUACUGGGUACGGAAGCAACCAUUUUUGUAAGUGAGAAGUUGGAAAGAUAGGAUACAUAAGAUUAUUUUAUUUACAUUUGUAAGUAACGAUUAGCCAUUGAUGCUUGAUGAAAGACGAUUCCGAGUGCAGUUCGGUAAUAUAUAAUUUAAAGUGCCGUAUUUUUUUUUGUUGCGAUUUUCGUUUAUAUUUAAUUUAAAAACGUUAUUAAAAAUUAAAAAGUCGUUCGAUGAUUUUGGAAAUUUUACCACGUCUAGGUAAUUCCAAUAUAAGUAUUAUUACCAAGUUUCAAAUCUUCACGCGUAAUUAUAUCCGAAUUAUAACAAAAACUCCCAAAAAUUAAAAUUCCUUGAAAGCUCAAAAGUGGUUCAAAGGUUUUGGCGAUGAUGCCAUAAGAAAGUAAAUCAAAAAAGCAGAACAAAAAAGUAUCUUUGUUAUUUUUUAUAAUAAUAUUUGUUCAAUGUUGUACCUAUUUUCUCGUUUUUUCCCGGUUUUUACCAUGUUUUUCCCAUUUAUUUGGAAAACUCUUGGGAAAAUCGAAAAAUUACAUUCGUAAAGUACCUCCCCAGUCAGAUUUCCGUUUAAAAAAGUGCUAUCAUUGUAAUUCAAUUCGAAGCAAAAUUGCUAGUAGAGAAGUUGUUCACUGAAAAAAAUACGGCCAUAUUUUACUAUUGCAUUUCGUAUAUUUUCCGGUUUUCCUCGGUCUUAUCCGAAUUUUCUAAUGUUUUUUUUUGUUUUUUUUUUUAAUUAAAUAUAUACAUAAAUUAACUAUUUGUAAUAAAUAAUUUUUUAAAUAUCAGUUUAAUAUAUUUUGUAAAUUAUCAUACCCAAUGCCAUACGAAUUACGCAUGCAUAAUAUUACAAUAUGUGGUGUGGUACGAUUAUUAUUAUUUUUUUAAACUGUGGAAAUAGGGCGUUUCCGGGAAUCUGUAAAAUGUCACAACAUACUCGUAUUAUAAUUGUACACGAUGAUAUCGGUGUAUUACCACGAUUAUUAUUGUACGGCACGCAAUGUAUUGUAAUUCCAUACACGCUGUCAGUUCUAUUCCGUCUAGUUUGUGGGACAGUUAUUAAAAAAAAUAAAAAAUUAAUCAACGUGUUUUGAAUUAACUGUAAUUUGUUCUUCUUUCAUUGUUAUUUGAUUGAAUUACAUCAUCCGUAAAAAUAUAUUACACUCGUCAGUUGCAGAAUAACGGCGUAUAUAUCAAACCUCUCUACCUUAUUUACUAUACUACUAUAUUAUUGGCUGUUGCGGUAUACUUUACUAUACAUUUUGAAUGUAACAAAUACGGUGCUUACAAUGCUCAAAUUUCGGAACAAAAAGGAACAAGUUAGAUAAGCAUGUCUAUCAAUCUUCUUUGAUUAAAAUAUUUAUUUUUAAUAGGUACAUUAAAACACGCCUUCGAGACAUUCAUAUAUAUGUAUACAUAUGAAUAUAUGCAUAUCCGUAGUUAAAAUAAUAUUACAGUCCGAAUUUGCACUAUUUUAUGUAAAGUUAUUAUUACAAAUAUUUUUCUCAAUGUUGGGAAAAUUAAUUUUCAAAAAUAUUUCGUUCCCGUUCCUCGUUUUUUUAAGGAUUCCAUGUUUCGUUUCUAUAAAAAAAAAGGAUCACGUUCCUUCCCAACAUUUAUAUAUUUUUUUUUUUAAUACAAUUAUAGUCAAUCUGUAUUCGUUUUAUUUUGUUUUAUAUUGAUGUAGACUAAUUUUUCUAUUUUAAUUGCUAAUAAUUUUUUUUUUAUUUAAAUAACACGCUCAACUAAACUCUUGAUUAGUAUUCUAUAGCUGAGAAUAUAUGAAUAGUAAAAUAAAAUGAUGCAAAUUAUACGCAUUCAAAGAUACCUGACACAAUGCGAUUUGUAACAGAAUAAUAUUAUAAAAAAUGAUAUUGAUUAGAGAUUUAUUUAAAUAUUUUUUUUUCAGGUUAAUAAUGCAGGAAAAGCAGCCAAGGCUGGUGUACGCGAGGGAUUCUUGAUUGAAUCGAUAAAUUCCGCUUCGGUUGACGAUCUUACAUCUAACGAAGCACAAUCACUGAUUAGGAAUUCUGGAGAUACAUUAACUCUUGGCGUGUACAGGUUUGUCAUACAAAAGUUAUUUUAUUAAUAUUAUUAUUACGUUUUCAUUAUAAUUCAAAUUACACUCGGAGGUAUGUAUUGAGCAUAAAAUCUAACGAAUUAAAAUAUUUAACAUUAUUCACAUAUCGGUUUUCAUAUACGAGUUUUGUAAAAGUUUACAGGCCAUGGAAAUAGGUACUGUUCUAUUUUUAGUUUCUCCUGUUUAUAUCAAACAAACGUCUUAUGUAAAAAAAAUUUAAAUAUUUUUACCAUUUCAUUAAAUUUAUAAAUUUAUAGAAUAUCAAUUUAUUAUUCAAAUUAUAGCUGCAAAAUGUGGUUUAUCAAAUUUUUAAUAUCGUAUAAAUUUCGUUUUUAGAUUCAAAGAUUUUGAAUAAAAUUGUGUUAUUAUAACCACACGAGAUAAUUUAAUACUUGAUUGAAAUUUCUCGAGAGUUUUUUUAAAAGAGAGUAUGCGAAUAUAUUUGAUCGUGAUUAGUUAGAUGUGCGAUAUGUUAGCGAUCGGCAUACAUUUUAAAGAUAUUUUUGUAAAUAAUUUUUACAAAUAACAUUUCUAGUUAAUUUUAGUUAAUUAAAAAGUGUACAUUUAAUUUAACAGUAUACAUUAUUCUACGAAAAAAUAUUUGUUAUCGCCUUAAGCAAUGUUAUGUACAAAAAUUGUUGGCAUGAAGAACAUAAUUUGCGCCUUAUAAAUAUAUUAAUACAAUAUAUUUUACUCAUAAACAUAUUUUUUUUUCAAGUUAUUUCAUUUUUAAUUUUAUUAUUCAUGGAACCCUUCACUAAAAACAUAUUAACAUUUAAAAACGUUUAAUGAGUGUAGACAGUGGUGGAUUAAGCGUCAGGCAAAGUAGGCAGUUGCCUAGGGUGUCAAAUUUUUAAGGGCGACAAUUUUACGCUAAUAUUUUAUUGAAAAAAAUACUAGUUUAUUUUUAGAUUUUCUAAGAUAAUUUUUAAUAUUUACAAUUGAAGGAAAAUACCUACCUAAAAUUUAUAGUAAUACAUUUUCAUAACCCAAAAGUUAAUUUAAUUUUAUAGAUAUUUAUCAAGUGUUGGUUAUUACACACUACGUGUACAAAAAUACAACUUUUUUCUAUCCAAAAGAUACAAUUGUAAUAAUAUUUUUCUUCGUGACUAUGAAAUAGAGUGUGGCCGAGUAGAGAAUAGAUACUAUUCAUGUGUUUAUUCUGAUUAGACAUUCGAUUAUUUUCAGCACAACUUUCAAGGCGGAUAGACUUAAUACUCGGAUAUUAUGUAAAAUGAGUACUUAAUAAUUCGUUUUCUAUUUGAUAAGUUUGAUGGGGUGACAAAAUUAAAUUUGUUUAGAGGCGGAAAUUGUGUAAAUCCGUCUUUGAGUGUAGAAUGUAGAUUAACGAAUAAGUCUACUAUAAUUAGACCUAAUAUACAAAAUACCUAUACUUGCAAAUUCUAUACAUUUAUAGCGAUUUAGUGAUAAAUGAAUAUUAUUGAAUACCUAGUAUCUAUCUGUACUCAUGGUGUCAAAACUUAUUUAAAAACUAUUAUUUAAUAAAUACACAUAAAUAACAGUCAUGGAAUAAAACAUACAGAGAACACAAGAAUAAUAAAUAAUUAUAAUAAAAUAGAACCUUGUAUUAACAAAAUAAUCUGCCACGAAAAAUAACAAGUUGUCAAUUAUAAUGUUAUUAGUUAUAAAUCAUUGAAAUUUGCCUGAAACAAUAUUAUUAAUAAAUAAAACGAAUCGGUAUAUAAUAUGAUUCUAUGCAAGAAAGGUAUUUAAACGCAAUAAUUACGUAAACAAUUCUCCAGCGCUCAAUUCGUAAAAUUUGUAUCACAUAAUAUAAUGUACAGGUUGCUGAAUCCAAAAGAGCGUAGAAACGCAAAAAGAGCAUUUCCACAAAAAUGUCUUUCUUGCAACCAGCCCCUUAAUUACAAAAAAAACAACCCAUUUUAGUCGUACUUAUAUAGAUACGUAUGUAGUUAUAUUUAUAUCUUUAUUAUAGAUUUCCAUAGAAAAUGUAAACUACCUACUAAAAACUAAUAAAUAGUUUAAAACUAAUUAAUUAGGUUCAAAUUUAGUCUUAGAUUCAGUUUUGGGGAAAUAAAAUCUUAAAUAUCUGUAUACUAUUUGAUCGAGAAAAUAUCAUAUAUGGAUAAUAAGAAAUAUUACCCUUUGGAACGUUUUCAUAAGGAAAUAAUUAUUAAAAUCUAAAUCUUCUUUGAUAAAGUUAAUAAUAAAUAUAAAUAAUCGUUUAUUUAUGUACUAAACUGUUAAUUUAUCAUCUGAAAUUGUGCUUGAUUAUUUUAAUUUAAUAUUAUAUCAAUGAUGUAUUAAAUGUUUUUUGCAAUCGCGAUUCUUUAUAAAUUUCAACAAGUAAACAUUUUAAAAUGUAUAUAGGUAGGUAAGUAUAUAUAUAUAUAUAUAUAUAUAUAUAUAAUUUGGGUGUCGACCAAGUAUAUGUUCUAGACGAUUAAACCCCACGCCCAUCCUGUGCAUUACAAUAAAAUCACUAUAAUCAUGAUAAAUCUCUGUGCUUCACAUAGUAAGACACGCCUUUUUUGACCCUAAACGCGACAGUAAAACUUUUAAAGCCAUUACAAUUUACAUAGGUAUAUAAUAGGUAAACUAAAUACAAACUAUUCAGCGCUAAAAUGUAAUUUUACUUGUACCUACCUGUAUGAUAUGUAUAUAUACAUAUACCAUAACUAUAUAUAUAUAUAUAUUAUAUAAUAUAUUUGCAUUAAUAAAAAAAAAAUAUAUAUAUAUAUAUAUAGUUAAAUUCUAUUCGUGUAUGUUAAUAGAUUAUUUCCAUCAUCGGGCUACCUAUGGGAAAUAAAACAUUAAUCGAUUUUUUAUAAUAACUAAGUGACUUAUUAUCUAUAGUUAUAAGUAUGUAGUCCUGAGGUUUUCAUACUUGUAUAUGGGUCGCAUAAUUUUAUGCGAAAAAUAUUACAAGCCAUCUUCAGUGUUAUAAAUAUUUAAAUAAAAUCGGAAAACAGAAUAUUAGGUACCUAUCACUGUUGUAUUAUUACUGUAGAAAGUAUAUGACAAAUUUUACUAAUAUUUUAACUUAUUCAUUACAUUUUGGGUUAUAUCAGUGAAAUGAGAAAUGUAUUAGUUUUAACAUAAUGUUUGCGAUUUUUUUUCCUAUCUGUUAAAAUGAUUUUGACCAAAAGAUAUGAUCCAAUAAUCGGGAUUAAUGGACUAAGUAAUGGAUUACUUGUAUAAUUUUAAUUUAAUUGGUGUAAUCGAGAGUCUUAUUAAAUAUUUUCAGUAAUAUAUUUAUAGGAAAACCGGUGAUCACGUUUGGACGUUUGGACACAUUUUGAACGUUGAACACAAAAAUGUUAUUUAUUUCUAAUAAAUUUCCCGUGGUUACGCGAAUAAUAAAAAAAAAUUUACGGAUUUAUAAUUCAGUCAUUUAUAUUGACUGAACCCCACUUAAAAUCGUUUUGUAUUUAACAUUUGAUUAAUUUCCAUAUUUACCUAUACCUUCCUAACUCUUUACCUACGGCAGGGGUCAACUCGUGAUAAGGAAUAUUUCUUUGUCUUUUUGUAAUAUUACAAGUUCAACCGAAAUAAUUAAUGAGAUCCAGAUUGUCAUAAUAUACAUGUCUGAUAAUAUUGAUGUAUUAACAACGCCACGCUUCUCUUGUCAAAUAAUGAUUGUGUCUCUAUUCCACAUCUAUUAUAACAUUAUAGAACAUCAGUAAAAUAUUAUCAAAUUAAAAAUUAUAAUGCGAAUUAUUAAUCAAUUCUUCAGUAGUCUAAUAAAGAAAUGAGAAAUCUAUUGUUAAUUAAUUAUCGUUUAAAUUAUAAUUAUACUUUUAUAUUUAUACAUUUAAUUUUAAUUCAUUUUUUAAAAAUAUUAAACGUUUACAAUCUAAAGCACUCUAAACCACAAUAAUAUUGCGAAUAUUUUUAUUAUAAGAUAAAAGCACAUUUGAACAGUAUACUUGGAAAUUGAAAAAAACAUCAAUUAUAUGUAUGCAGUAGCAUAUUUUAAAAUUAAAUACUACUAGGUAAUAAUGUAAUUUAAAAUCGAUAUUUUUUUGUAAGUAUGCAGUUAAUAUUUUUUAUAAAAUUAAUAGGUAUUAUAAUGAUAUUUAUAUUGUAUAUUUUUUUCUUAAACGCAUAUUAUAAAUUCUUAAUAUGUAAAAAAGUAAGUACACGCAUUCUUUAGGUUUUUUUUUUUAAUAAAAUUAAAAACAUCUUUGAUGAUAUUAUAUACUCUAAUAAAAAUGACAUUUUUGAAUUUCUCAUUUUUAUUUUAUUUAUAUAUAUAUACAUGGUGUGAGUACCCUAAAAUAAAAAAUAAACAAUAAAAAAAAAUCGUAUAAACAAGUGGUUAAUCCUAAAUGUAUACAAAUAUUUGUCAUUUUUUGAUUCUAAAAUUAAACAUCUUGAUAUCGCAGACAAAUUUAUUAUGUACUAUUAUUUCUUAUUUCAUAUUUAUAUUUAGAAAUUAUGUUAAACUAAAUAAUUGCAUUAUAUUAGUAUGCACUUUUUUAGUAUAAAUAUAAUAUUAUUUAAUAUGAUGAUUUUGUUUACAUGUGUGUUGUGUAUAAUAUUAGCCCCCAUAAAUACUUACAAAAAAAAUAAAAAGGCCAAGCUCAAAGAAAGAACUAUGUAGUCAUAUUUUCUACCACGGUUAAAGAUAUACAAGUUGGGAAUUGGCCGAUAUAAACAAUUUUAAAUCCUGAAGCCCAAAUCUUUUGAACAAAUCAACUGUUCCAACUAAUCGCUAUUGAUACCAGGGGAAUUAUCUUCAACAAUAUUACUACUCAUAUUGCCGCGUUUUUUAUGACGAAUAUUCACGAAUUAUAAAUUAUGAUCAAGAUCACGAUCUUUGACACAUUAUAGUUCAUAAAUAUAAUAUAUAUAUAUAUCUUAAAUUGUGUUCAAGGUACAUUAUACACGUGAUGAUAAUGUCGUUGAAAUUUUUGAUAUCAUGAUUACUUGAUAACUCAAGUGAUGUGUUUGUAAAACACGUGCAUAAUUUUUCAAACGAAAUGUGAAUUUGAAGUUUUCAUGUACUAUCCAGAAACAUCAAAUUUAAACGUUGACAAACAUUUUCUCAUAUUACCUAUAUAAUAAUGCGUAUGGGGCAGUUUACUUACAUGCAAAACCAAAGUAUAAAAAGGAAAAUAAAACUAAAAAACAACUAUCAAAAUUAGUGAAAUAAGUCAUAAGUUGCUAUAAGUUGUUUCGUGUUCGUAAAUUUUUAAAUCAUAUAAAUAUUAAUAUAUGUUUACGUUAUAUGAUAAUAAUAUUAAUAAAAUUAUUUGAUUGUUUUAUGAAUUUCAUUUAUUUGCAACUAAUUAGUAAUUACUAUUUUCUACUCAAUCGCUGCACAGCCCGAAAGUUGUAACAAGUAAAACGACUACGACAGUUUACUAAUACUUGUUUAUGGUGGGAUGUGAGAACCAUAGCCAUGAGUCAUGACAAUAUUAAUAAAUGUUAAUAACAAGUAAUUAUUUUUGACGCUAGAAAUGUGAUUACACUAGAUUAGUUGGAACAGCUAAUUUUUUCAGAAGGAUUGUGCUUCACUUUAUCACAGCUCAAUUUCCAACCUUUAUAUCUUUAAUCGUGCUUUCUACAUAAAAAUAUAGUUGACCUAAAAAUGCAUUAUUAUUCAAAUUUUUAAUUCUCUCAGUUCUUUUCCCAUUUACCUCGAAAUAUGUUGAAUAUCUCGAUAUAGAAAAAUUUGGAGAAAUUAUUUCAAAAAUUACAAAGUGUGAAAUCUUUAAAAAUAGCUGCUCAGCAUUUAAUAUUAAUUUGGCAAAAUACAAGGUUUAAAGGGUAAAAGAUAAAAGUAAGGAGAAAGCAGAAAAGUGUAAGGUAGAAGAAAAAUUGAGACAUUUUUGUAAAUAUCAAUAUCAAUGCAUUUUGGAGCGUAUUUUUUAUUUUUUAGUUAAUAUAAGACAUCGUUUCCUUUUUGAGCGUGGCCUUUUUUUUUUUUGUUUUGAAGUAUUUAUAGAGAAGAAUAAUCGUAAUUUUUUUACAGAUUGACAUAUACGAUUAUUGAUUACGUUUAAAUGUGUGUUGUAUUAUAAUAACAUUGUUUUAUGAUUUUUCAAAUUUACACAAAAUCUAUUAUUACAAAAUAAUAUUCGUGCCUAUGCAAAAUAUUUCAAUCGCUAUAAUACGAGUACAUUAUUAUAAUUAUACUCGUAUAAUACCUACAGGAACCUGUUAUAUUAUAUGAAUGCCGUGUUGAAAUCGGAUUGGAAACGAGGAUAUACGGUGCAAUGAUUACCUUUUUAUUUUAUUAUAUUAUGUACGUGCGUUAGGCUUUUUGGUUUUUUCAUAUUAUAAUAUUAUCAUCAUUCUUUACAGUAUACUAAAAAUAUACACGCGUAUCAAAAUAAAAAAAGCCCAUGACAUAUUUUAAAAAUGUAACGAAUGAGCGUAUACGUUUAUCAUUGAACAAGAAAUAUCGGCGAAUAAAAUAACGUUAACUUAAUUUACCCAUUAAAUAUAGUACACUUAUUUCGUUUGAACAAUAUUGAUAAUUCUAAUAUUAUGUAAACAAUGUAAAAAUAUUUAAUAUUAUUUGUUAAUUAUUUUUUUUCUAGGCAGACAAAAUCGAAUAAUAUCGGACAGAAUAACCUGCAAGACCACGAAGCUGGUAAGUUUUUUUUCAUGCCUACUACGUGUUAUACUAUUAUUAUUAUUUGCAAUUUAUCACGGUAAACUGCAAAUACCUAAUUCAUUGAUUCUUCUCUAAAACUAAAAUGUAUGUGCAUAUAAUAUAUAUACAUAGGUACAUAUUCUCUUUCACUCGACUAUGUAUAUACGAUGUUCUAAUUUUUGUUCGCAUGAUGUUAAUAAUUUUCAUUUGGUAUUUAAAAAUAGACGACUCUACGCUUUAGUGAAUUAUUUUAUCCACUAUAAAUACUUUUUAAUUAAAAAUAAACAGCAGGAAAUAAUGACGUAGAUAGGUACAUGAACCCCAAAAUAAAUAAUGCUAUUUUGUUUUUAUUUAAAUAUUGUCUAUCUAUAAUUAAUAUGAACUUGGAUAUUCUAUGAACCGUAAAAAAUGUAGUCGUUUGAAUAUUAUUAUUAUUAUACUCAGUGGUGUUCCCAUCGAUAUUUUUGAGACUAUAGGCACUAUAAUAUCCUGCGUGCCUUACACGUGGGUUAAUUUAUAUUUUUCGUAUAAUGUACGCUGUUUAUUGGGAAACAAAUAUCAACUUAUAAUUAUUGUACAAAAUUUAAUUCAAAUUUCUAAAAUAACAAGCUUAAAAUUUUAAAACAAAACAGCUUUGUAAAUUGUGAAUUUGUAGUUAUAAUUACUGAAAUACAUAAAACUCGUAUUACUAUAAUUAGGUAUGGGCUGGACCUAAAAUAUAUCAGAUAUCAGGGGACACACUUUUUAUUCAAUUGAUAGACUUGAUAGAUUUUCAUAGCUAAAAGAAAAAUCCGAUUUUAUGUUAUCAGAUUUACUGUUUUUUUUUUUAUUUCGACCGUUAAAACUAAUAUACACGUUAUAAAACAUAAUACACACAUUUAUAAUUCAGUGGAUACACUUUGAUUUUUAAGGGAUACGUUAUUUUAGGCUCUGGGUAUGGGUUAGUGACAUGAUAUAUAAACGGGCACUGAUAAAAAAUAACAUGAUGAAUUUGUUUUGUUUUUUUUUUUUAAAUCUAUUAUUUGUCUGUUUUAACUAUCAAUACUGUUUGAGAAUAUACGCAGUACACCCGUGAAAUGUCAGUAAAAUGUUGAUAGUGUACGACGUAUAAUGUAGUGUACCAUAUGGGAAUACCACUGAUUAUACUUUAUACCUACACAAUGAAUAUGAAAUAUGUAUUGCAUUUAUAAAAACAUUAAAAGUAAAUGUUAAUUGUUAUUUUUGAAAUUAAUAUUACAAAAUAAUCAUAUAGGUGGUAGGUAACUAACUAUAUAGUUUAAGAUUUGAUCGUACUAAUUCUAUACCGAAAAAACUUCGUGUUGAAAGAUACAAAUAUAACAUUUUCGAUUUUGAAAUCAUAAAAUAUUUAAUCUCGUGCUUGAACUAACGAGUAAAUUAACAAGCAUAUUAUAUGUAUCUAAUAAAUACCUAUAUUGUAACAUAGUUAUUUGUAUCAUAUUUAAAACUAAAUUAAUUUUUUUCUUUUAGCGUAAUAUAAUUCUCGUGGAACAAAAUUAUAAUUUGUUUUUUUAUCGGCCUAUAUAAUGUAGGACAUAAACAUGUGCAUUUUGAGUAACUAUUUGGUAGGUACUUGAGAAAAAAAAAAUCAUCCUUGUCUAAUAUCAGUGUGGCCGAAUUUCAACAAGUAUCAAUGUAUCAUCAACGGUCCAGUCGACCGUAACACCCCACCGUAGAUAUACAAUGUGUCUCAAGCACCUCCACGCUCCUUAUAUUAUAUUCAGACAAUCUUUGCCGAUGAAAGUGAACAGUUUGCUUUGGUAAACCUAUAUUCUCCAAUAUGCGAUUUGCAUUUAGGUAUUGGUGUGUUGAUCAUUUUUGUGUGCUUUGUCCUGUCAGUAUAAAAUCUACAAUGCCCGAGCCUGAAAGUACAAAGUCGAGAUUAAAAGACAAAUAUCAUAGACCCAAUAAGCUUAAAGCGAAACGAGGUAAGAAAUUAUAAACAAUUAAAAUUAAAAAAAAAAAAAUAACUAAAUUUAAUUAUAUGAAUAUAAUUAUUAUACCUAUAUAAUAUAUAUACGUUUACAAUUUUGUUAUUUUUCAAUUUAAAAAUUGAUAAUUUUUAGUGCCUGCAUUAUGAGAUAUUCAAAUAUCUAUAAUUGCAUUAAAAAAUUUACUUUUAUUUUAAAACAAUUUUGGAUUUUUGUCUUAAAGAUAUAUUUCUUCUGUUUAUAACUGCAAAUUAUUGAUUUAUUAUUCAUUAAGUAUAAUACAAAAAAAUAUAUGUGUAUACGUUUUAGUAUAGGUAAUAUUAUUUCAUAUUAUUUUCUGUUCAUUUUUACUAUAUUUUAUUAUUGAGAUUUUUAAGCUAUAAUAUAUUAUAUAGUAUUAUUAUAAUAUUAUGCUAUAUUCUUGUUUAUGAAAACUGCAAAUAAAAUUUUAUUUUUUUAUAAAUUUCAAUAAAACAUACAAUUAGUAGAGAAACACUGGAAUUUAGAAAUGUAAAUUUGAAGUAUUAUACAUAAUGAUUUCUCAAAUUAAAAUAAAAUUUAUUUUGAUUUAAUUUACUUACUUAUUAUCCUCUUACAUGUUUGUGUAUAAAUCAUUAUAUUUUAAUCGGCUUCUUUAUUAAAUUAUACUAUAAUAUUAAUCAAAUUUAAAAAUAAUGUUAAGUAGGUAUUUGAGAAUUUCUUAAAUUUAUACUUUAUAUUUCUUAUUUUAAUUUUUAAAUUUAUUAAAUUUACAAAAUACCAGAAUGAAUUAAUGAAGAAUGUGACCAAUAUAUUGUUUAUAGCUAAAUCGACAGUAUUUAAUUUUAAUUGAAUUAUAAUAUGAUCUAGUGAAAUAAAAUAAAAUAUAUUUUUAUUAUUAUAAAUGAUUUAAAAAUGUAGGAAUAACAACUUAAGUUUUAAAUUAAAUGUAAAUUGUGAUAAGUGAAAAUAUAAUUAGAAAAUUUAAGGAAAUCUCAGGUGUUUUAAAAAUAGUUUUAUUUUAAUACGAUAUUUUUUCAUUGUUACCGUUUAAACAUUUUAUAUACAAACAAAAAAAGUAACACAAUAUUCAAACACUCAUCAAUAAUGUCAGACUUUUUAACUAUUUGAUAAUUAUUUUGGUUUUUAUGUUUUUAUUUUGUGUAAAUAUAUUUUAUAAUACAGGUACCUACUAUUAUUUCAUUUUUUUGAUUAUAAUAUCAUCAUUAUCAAAUAGAAUUUAAUUUAAGUUUUCAAAUUGUUGUUGUUUUUAAUUAAAACAAAUUCAUAAUAUUCUACUAUUUCAUGCUUCGAUAUAAAACUAGGCCUUGUAUUCAUCAUUCCACCCACAGGAACUACACCCAUCCUGUCUAUAAUUGCCCGAUUAGUUUCAAUAUACAGGUAGUACCUACAUAGAAGUAAUUCUAAAUCUAAAUAAAAUAGGUGAGGAAACGUACCUAUAUAAUAUUGUAUUUGUAUUAUUUAAAAAUUGACCAUAUUUUUCACUGGGUGUCUGAAAAGCCGCUGCGUGCUAGUUGCGUCCCGAAUAAAAGCGCAUAAAAAGAUAUAAUACUAAUUGCAUUCCGCGUUUUUCUUGAGCACCUCCGAAUUUCGUCUUAACCACCUGCGAUAUCUAAAAUGUCCAUAAUAUUAUAUAGGCUUAUCGAGUAGGUAUUAUCGAUUUAAUGUAAACAAUUUAUAGAUCCUAAGUUUGUGUAAUAAUGGGAAGAGGACUAUUGUUUAGUUUUUAUAAAUAUUAAUGGGACGCGACCAAUAUCACCCAAAAAAAUAACCGGAAAACAAUUCAGAAAGAAUCGUUCCCGCGGGGCGCAAUUCGUAUGCAGGCGGAAAACCGUCAAAUCCCUAUUAUAAUAUUAAAAAUGCACAAAAUAUGUUCUGAAAAUUAUAGGUUUUACUACACAAAGUCUUCCGAUUUUUGUGUUUCAUGUUUAUAUUUGGCCCCUAUCUAUCCGUACUGCUGCUCUUAAAACUGUGUAACAUAAUUUGGAAGACCACUAUAAUAUGUACCACUUAAUCUAAUAAAUUAGUAGGUAUGCCUAUAGUUAAUAUUCCCGCUAGUAAUUAUAAUUAGUUUUCGAGUACCUACCUAUGCAUUAUAUGAUUACAACUAUUCUUGUAAUUACGUAUAAAACUAAUAUUUUUUUGAUAAUAUAUUUUCCGUUUAUAAACACACACAUAAUACGAGAACAGCACAUUUUAUCCUAUAUAUUAACCACCCCAUACACGAUAUAUGCACAGUUCCGUUGACCCGUGUCUGUCUAUUCGUCUGUCAUCGUUUUCCAUUGUGUGUAUGUGCUACUAACAAAAACACACAUACUAUAAUAUUAUACAUUAAUGACUAUUGUACGUGUGUGCGUUUAUAAAUAAUGAGCCCGUGUGUGUCUGUGUGUUAACCCAUCUCCGGUUUUGGAUGUUAUAUGUUACUUCCUCUAUAUUCGGGUGCGCCCCAUACAAUCUGUGUUCACGCAGCGGAUCUACUAGUCAGUACUAUAGUCAGUCGAUGAUGCUGAACACCGUCGAACAAACAUGCCUAACUCACUAUAAUCGCGUUAAAGUCUCGUGUUGUACCUACGUUAAUAUUGCGCAGUUAUUAUUACAUUUUUUUUCGUGAUUAUAUUUGUUUUCUUAUGAAAAAAAAAAAAAAAUCCGGCUUUUUGUUGCAGAUAUUAAAAUAGGAAAGUCGAAACUACAGUCGGAAACAGAAACGACAAAUAAAAAAAGUGAGUACUUACAAAAAUUGUUUAAAACAUUUUAAUUUAAUUAAUAUAUACAACAGUUAAAAUUAAAUUAAACGGACUUUUGUUUAUAUUUUAUUCUGAUCAAAAUAUAAUAGAAUUGAAUACCAAAUAACUACAAUUACCCUAUAUAAUAGGAAUGCAUUAUAACUAUAUUAAUUGUAUUCAAGUAAAAUAUAAUAUAUACAUAUAUUUAAAAACAAUACACUUUUAUUCUAAUCGUUUAAGUUUAAAAUUAUUAAUUCCUAGCAUUAGGGUUUUAUAUUAUUUUUUUAAAAGACAGUCAAAUAUAUAAAAUAACUGCCUAUAGGUAAAAGAGUUCGAAAACGUAGGAGAAAAAAGAAAUGCGCAGAAUCGUCUGAACCGUUAAAUAACCAACAACCAACAACUUUACCCGUUAAACUAAUUGAGCCGAAUCAGACACAAAUAACAGAAUAUCCAAAAGUAGAAAUCAUACCAGCAAAUUCAGAUAUACGUAUAGAUGAAUUGGAAUGGAUCAAACAAAAUGAAGCACUUUUAAUAGCCGAGUUAGAGACACGCCGACAAGCCGGGUUACCCAUUCAAGUGAUAGUUAGAGUUGAAAAAAUUACACCUUCAACGCCAGAGUAUUGUCAAAUUAUUCCAGAUUUUUGUCAUUUAGACGUUAUAAAAGAAGAAACGAGUGCAAGUGACGAAGAUCCAAAAAAAGACAUUUGGGAAUAUAACUCAAAAGUUAGUAAAUCAAAUUGUAUUGAAAAAUUAUCGGAUAAUCGGGAGUCCUCAGACUUUGACAAUACAAAAAAUGCUGAGUUGGAAAAUAUUUUAGAAAAGAACUUAAAUGAAACCAUGACUUCAGAAUGUCUUCUUGAAAGAUUAGAAUCUCCGUCCUUAGUUAGAGAAUCGGAGAACCUAAGAUUUGCCGAUAUUAUUACAACUGAAAAUGAAUGUGUAGUUGAAUUAGAAACACUGGAACCUUUAAACAAUAUAUCGGUAAACGUGAGCGUUGUAGAAAGCAAGGAGUGUGUUGAACGAAAUAUUUCAAAUAAUAAGAUAAAUAAGAGUAAUAUAGAAGAAUAUACAGAAGAAAAUAUAAAAAUCAACGAAAAUCAAAUCCAACAAAAACCAAUAAAAAAUAAAAUAUCAAAUAUUAAUAUAACUUCAAAUUGCAGCCAUGCACAAAAACAAUUGAUAGCAAACCGAUUACUUGUUAAGGAAUCGCAUGAAGAUAAUUUUAAUGAAGAUGCACAUAUUCAACAUAAUUCAAGCAACAACUUAAAUAGUAAAAUACAAAAGAUUAAUACAGAAGAAUAUACAGUAAAAGAUAAUCUACAAACUAUACAAACUAAUGAAAACCAAACAAAAAAUAAACACAUUCAAAAUCAACCAUCAAACAUAACCACAAAUUGUAUCUGUACACGAAACCAAUUUAUGACAAAUCGAUUAAUUAUUAAGGAAUCAAAUGGAGACAGUUUGAAUAACGAUGCAUGUAUUCAAAAUAAUAAAAAUAUGAAUUUAAAAAACGAAAUACAGAAAAGAAGUGCUGAAGAAUUUACAAUAGAAGAUAUAGAAAUUAACACAAAUCAAAUUCAACAAAAAUACAUUAAAAAUCAAGCAUUAAAUAAUAAUAUAACUAAACAUAAUUAUAGUCAUGUACAAAACCAAAUUAUUACAAAUCGACUUACUGACAAGAAAUCAAAUAGAGACGAUUUGAAUGAAAAUGCAUGUAUCCAAAAAAAUCCAGAUAUCAAUUUGAAAAAUAUACUACAGAAAAAUAGUACAAAAGAAUGUACAGUAGAAGUUAUACAAAUUAACGAAAAUCAAAUUAAACGAAAAAACAUUGAAAAUCAAGCGUCAAAUAAUGGUAUAGCUGUAAAUAAUUAUAGUUGUACACAAAGCCAGUUAAAAACAAAUCAAUUGCUUGAUAAAAAUCAAUUGCUUGAUAAUGAAUCAAAUGGAGAUAAUUUCAACAAAGAUGUAUGUGUUCAAAAAGAUCAAAACAUGAAUUUAAAAAGUGAACUACAAGAGAUAACUACUAAAAAAUGUACAGUAGAAGAUACACAAAUUAAUACAAAUCAAAUACAGCAAAAGCACAUUCAAAAUCAAGCGUCAAAUAAUGAUAUAGCUGUAAAUAAUUAUAGUUGUACACAAAGCCAGUUAAAAACAAAUCAAUUACUUGAUAAUGAAUCAAAUGGAGACAAUUUCAACAAAGAUAUAUGUGUUCAAAAAGAUCAAAACAUGAAUUUAAAAAGUGAAUUACAAGAGAUACUUGUAAGUACUAAAAAAUGUACAGUAGAAGAUAUACAAAUUAAUAAAAAUCAAAUACAGCAAAAGCACAUUCAAAAUCAAGCGUCAAAUAAUAAUAUAACUACAAAUAAUUAUAAUCGUGUACAAAACCAAUUGAUAACAAAUCGACUUCUUGAUAAAAAAUCAAAUGGAGAUGAUUUAAAUGAAAAUACAUGUAACCAGAAAAAUCCAAAAGUUCACUUUAAAAAUGAACAAGUCAAUAACCUAGAUAAUUCGAAUACAAAAUCUCAAUGUAUUAAUUGUACUUCUUCGAAUGACUUUAAAUGCCAUACAACAAAUACUAACAAAUAUAAUUUAUUUUCAAAACAUGAAGAACGCCUUAAAAUAAUCGAUGUUCCUCGUCAACAAAAUAUAGAAUACGACGAAUCUUCAGACGACAGCACUAUAAAACAAUUUGACACAGACAAUCGAAAAUAUAAAACACGCAGUAAAAAUGAAAUUUCUAUCAACGAUAAAUUAAAACGAAUUGCAAGAAUGAUUCAGGAUGAUACGGACGAUUACGAAGAAAUACUAUCACCACAAACAUCUUCUAGAUGUGUUUCGAUAGUUUCUGACGCUGACGAUACUGAUUGGGUGAGUUUCACACUAUCCGAUGGUGAAUCGUCAAAGUCUUUAUGUCUAUCACCUAGUCAGUUAAAAUCGGGCCACGCACCGUCUACCAUAAAUGAAACAUCCGAAAUCAUUGAUCUCCACAAAAAAUUUCUUAACAGAACAAGAAGUCCAAAUAUAUCUUCACAUAAUGACAUAAUACCGCCUGUAGAUAUUUUAGGUUAUAGUACAUCUCCAUCGCCGUCGCCUUCGAAAUCAUAUUAUAGCUCUGAAGUUAUCGAUGAAGCGUGCCGAUUGUGUGGUACCAGUGACGAACCAUUUUCUGAUGCCGAGUGCUUAGUGUCUUUGCGCAAGUAUCGAGAAACUCGAUCUAGGUUGUUGGACGUAAUCCAAAAAGAGCAACGAAUUAUUAAUCGAUCAGUCAUCGAUCGACCGUCACCAAUGCCUACGUUUAUAGACACGCUGUCGGUUCCCGACAAUCACACCAGAGAACUCAUGUACACGGAGUACAUGGAUAAGGUGAAGGAGAGAGAAAAUAGACUUCACAAUAAAGUUAUUAGAAUCACAAAGGCGAGUAGACCACUUUCGACAGGAACUUUGCAAGCAUUAAACGAUAUUGACUCAGAAUUUAUGACUAAAGCAAGAGAAAGAUUGGAAAAAUUAGGCGUCGAGUCGGAUGUAGAUAAUGUAGAAAUGAAAGAAAUAUAUUAUCCGAAACACUUGGUUGAUAUUGUACCCGAAGAAGAAGUAUGCAUCGAGGAAGUGCAAAUGAAUGGUGAGUCGAGUGGAUUGUGUGUGUACGUUUUUGUUUUAUUUUGUUUUACUAACACGGUUUUUGCAGUGUGGCCAAGUCUAAUUACGUUGCUUCAAAACGAAUCGGCAGAAGAAGUUUCUAAAAUAAACUGCAAAUGAGUCUUUAUUAUUCUGAGCACCUUAAAGUGAAUUUUAUUUUCAUAGUCAAUGUAGUAGUGUCAGUUGUGUGAACUGUUGAUGCCGAUACAAUUUAUUCAAGAGCUGGUGUAUAAUACACGUAUACAAACACACACACACACUCACACACAAACACACACACGCAUACAAACUGUGUGGCACUAUUUUUAUAAAUGGUAUACGACACGUUGGACGACUGGACAGACCAAAUUGUGAUUCUAUAAUUAAAACAGAGUAGAGAGGUGAGACGAAACCCUACACGAUUUUUCUGCAUACAACUAAAUAACGAAAUAUAGACAAAUAAUGAACGUGGGCUAUACCGUUAUUAAUUCGAACAUUUAAAGAAAAACAUAAUAUUUUUUAAAAAUUAUUACCUAUAUCAAUUAGGGAAAAUAGGCGUCAUAGUUUUAUACCGAACACAAUGAAUAUUGAAUCAAAUGUACUUAAACUUACCUAUUGUACUGUUGUUUUAAACAUGGAUUUUUGCGUUUAGUUAGAACACAUAAUCAAAGAUUUAAACGAAGGAUAUCCGAUUGUUCACUUCUUGAUGAAAUCGAUCAUGUUUUCGGCGGUUUUUUGACUAGGAGGAAUAUUGGUUCGUUUAUACAUAAUACGCUUAACUAUGUCCAUAACUGCAUGACUGUAUAAUGUUUUUUACAUUGAGUCUUUAUAAGCAUGCGUUCGUAACGUUUUGUGAUUGGUCCAAAUAAAAUUAUUGUUAACUCGCAAUAAUAAUAAUAAGCAUAAACCAACUAAUUACCGAUUAUUCACGUUGAUAAAUAGCCAAUAAAUAAGCAUGUUAAAUUUAUUUACAUGAGUCAUGACAUAUAUUAAUUUUGUUGUGUCUAAAAUAUAAUACCAAUAGGUACCUAUAUUUAAAAAAACUUUUAAUAAUUUGUUAAUGCAACUUUUGAGAUACUUUCAUAAUAUAUUAGUCUAGUUCGGAUAAUGCAGCUCCCAGAUUUUCGAAAUCUAAAAUAUAAUAAUAUAAUAAGUAAACAUUUAUUUAUUUUGCAAGUGAAAAUAAUCAAUAAUAAAUUAAUAACAAUAAAUUAUUGUUAAAAUAGAUGAACAAUAUAUUAUUGAAAGCAAUUUAAAUAGUAAAAAAAAAUUUAUAUUUACAUAAAAAUUAUACAUUUUAAAUUCUGAGCGUAGCGAGAAAUAUCAAUACAAUUAUUCUUUUCUGAAAUAAACAUAAUAUAAAUAAAUAAAUAAUUUAUUUUACAACGAUGUUUAUUUUAAUUUAUUUUUUUUUCUUUAAACAAAUUUUCAAUCAUAAAAUAUUUUGCUCCAAUUAUCAACAUCAAUUAUAAACUGAUAGCAAACUUUGUCUAGUUGAUGCAUUGAGGAGUUUAUCUUUUGAUAUUUCCUGUUGUUAUCUUAAUAAUUGGGAAAACCGAAAAAAAAAACAUCAGAAAAACAGUAAAAAUUACUCAAUAACUUGUUUAUUAUUUAUAACUGAGGUUUUUAUUAUUUUAGAUUUUAUUAUAAUUCAGUUUAAAAAAAUCGCAGAGACAUGCCAUUUUUAUAAUAUAAAGCCCUUAUAGCUUUAUAAGGUGUUCAUAUUUAUACUUGACAUUUUCGAUUAUUUAUUUUAGUUUUAUUUGAUUUUAUUAUAUGAAUAUAAUUGUUUUGGCUUCUUAAAAAUGUUUGAAAAUUUGAUACGUUUGUUAUACGUUUUUCUUAUAGCACUGUACAAAAAUCAAAAAUGUGUGGUCACGAUUUUUUUUUUUUAUAAAUAUUCAAAGUUAAAAUUUAUUAUGAUAAUCAUAAAAAUCACGGCAAUUUGUGUAUACUAUGUUCCGAUUUAUGUAAACACGAUUUUUUAUACCCAGUGUGAAUAUUCGAAAAUCUGACCAGACGAUCGUUGUAAUUUGUACUUAAAGGAAAAAAAUUGAGUGUAAAUAUUUAAUAGGAUAACGGGUUUUUAUAACCGUUUAAGUUCAAAUUUGUUUGAAAAUUGUAAAAUUCGGGAUGUUUCAAAACAUAUUUAACCGAACUUGGCUUAGUUUCUCAUUAAUAAUGUUUAUACUCUAUAUAUCCUAUAUUCUCUACUUUCCACCGACAAUAGUGGUAUGCCCAUCAGUCGUAUCAGUUCUUUUACUUUUUUUAUAUGCAUCUUUACAUUAUUUAACAGAAUAAUAUAAUAUUAUUAAUAUAUUCUCGUCAAAAAUUGUUACCAUAUUAAAAAGUAUAAAAAAAAAAAAAACCAAAAAUUACGUUAAGCCGCCGUGCCGGUAAAUCUAAUAAUAAAAUAGACGCCGCCAGAAAGUCGGCCACCGUUGAGUUUUAGAGAUCAUUAGCCAAUAUUUUUUUUUUUUCAUUAUUUUUAUUUAUACAGUAUAUUUUUAUGUCCAUUUUUCUCCCACCAUACGGGUUUAGAGUGAUUUCCCGCGGUAUUUAAAAAAAAAAAACAGUAGUGCGUACACUUCCAAACCGACGCCGGAUCGCCCGUAUAGUUAAAACUCGUACAACAGUUGUUGCAUAAAUACCGAAAGUUCCGUUUCCGGUUGAUUUUUGCAUACCUUUUAAGCUAUAUAACGCUUAUAAACUAACCCCUUUUCAAUUAAAAUUGUUUUUAAUACACGUAUACUAUUUUAUAAAUUUAUGAAUUAUUUAUGAUGCGAGAUAAGAGCUGUAAAAUCAGUCCACGGUUCAGAGCUGACAUUAAAAAAGCAGGUAUGGUUAAAAAAUGAUAAACGGUUAAGUUACGUCUGAAGCUACGUCUGAAUUGAUUUGUAUAUUAUUUAAAUGUUUGCCAUUUUUCUACGCGUAUCACCAGUCAGAUUUGAAAAAUCUGUUUAAUUUCGCAUUUAUAUUUAAUAUAUAAUACAAUUUAAUGUUUAAUUCGAUUUUAAAUUAUCCAGCUACUGAGCUGGAGUUUAUUUUAUAAUUGUUUUUUUCAAAUGCUGUAGCUAAAUAGUUGGAAUUUUUUUUAAUAAUUGUUUUAUUCAUACCAUUUCAAUCAAAAAUAUUAUUACAAUACUUUAUUAUUUGAAAAUAUGAAACGUUUUUAAGGCAAAAAAUUGAAGGUACGUUACCUUAGCACCAAUAAUUCAAAAUCAUACAUUUCAAUCAUGCAACAUUUUGAAUUUAUUUUGUAAAAUUUUGUACAACCAACAUUUUGUACGACCCUCGAAAAUCCUCAAAAUUCAAUUUUAUCUUACAGGUACUGUGCUAAAAUUGUCCUAGCACUCGGGACCAUAAACGUAUAAUAAUACGAUUGAUUUACUUAUUAUAAAUAAUAAUAUACCUAUCUACGUAUAAUUGGAAUCAUUUUAAAAUUGUAAAUUUGAAUAUCUUUCUUCUAAUACAUUCACCCUUAGUGAAUUAUAAAAUAAUUUACUACUGCUGGGCCUACCUACUCAGUGGAAUGUAAAAAGGUUUGAGACAUAUCGAUCCCUUGAUUGUUAUUAUUACACAAUACAAUAACUUCUGCUUUAGAUGUAUGAAAUAAAUUACAUAAUACUGUAUGGUUGAAAUGUAUAAUUUUGGAAGCACGGGUGCCAGGGUAACGCACUUAUUAAAAUGUCCAUGGAUCUAUAGGCCGUUUUACGUGAUGAUUUUAAUAUUUUAAUGAACAUUCGAUAAUAUGACAUUUUUAACGUAAUUUGUGUAAGUUAACUGACUUUGUUAGUUUACAAAUCAAACACUUUUGUUUACUAUAAAAAAAAAAAUCGUUUCACUUGGAUGUAACCUUAUAUUGUGUAUUACCUAUACGCCUUAUACGAAUCAAUAAUUCUUAUUCGUAAAAACAUAAUACAAUAUUAAUGUUAAUUCGGUUUUUCGUUCAUUGAAAUAAAUCAAAUGUGGUAUGAGGUUAUUUUUGUUUAGUAGCUAUACUAUAAAAUUGAUUUUUUUUUUUAUCACUUUAAUAAAUAUUUAUGGUCGCAAUAUUUUAAAGUUAUCUCGGUUUUCAGACAGCUUUAGACAAAUUUUGUAAGAAUAAAUCACAUAAAAAAAUAAAAUCGUAAAAACGCUCAUCCGAUUGCCAAAAAUAAAUUCAGUGCCAGGAAAUCAAACUAUCAAUAAUCGUGUUGCUUCAGAAUCCGUUAUGUUUUCAAUUUUUUUUUUUCUUAGGAUCGAACGACAUUUCCAAAUUUCUUUUGACCCUGUUAUAAAAAAAACACUCAACAAAAUAUUACAGAAUAAUAAUAAUAAUAUUACAAUUCGUUAUAGACUCAUAUCGGUGAGAUAUUUGUUUUUAAUAUACUUCAACAUCUGGCACAAAUGAGUUUGAUAAUUUGCCAAUAUUUGCUUCUUUUUUCAGUCCGCCUGUCCAAUCGUCUGUAGGGUGUGAAUCAUUUUUUUUUUGCCUCGUGGGCUUUUUGGCUCUAGUUAAAUAUAUUAUGUGUAACGUGCACCUAUGUGUGCCGCCGUGUGGUGUGGGUGUUCAAGAAAAAUAAUAAUAAUCAGGUUACCAAUAUAUAGAUACAUGUCGGUUGGUUAAUAUAUACUUGUCAACUAACUUUACUGAACUAUUUAUAGGUAUGUUUUUUGAACGAAAUUAUUAUUAAAUUUUAGAAAAUAUUAACGCUAUAACGACAAAAAAAAAAAAAAAAAUUGAAAACCAUAACAGUGUUUUAAAAUGUAUAGAUUAAUAAUAAUACCUACAAGGUGAUCAAUUUAAGUGGGUACACUCAUUAUCCCGGAAAGUAUCUCGAAGUAACAUUUGUGCGGCGCACUAUUCUCCUCCAACCCAUACUUAAAAGUGGAAUAUCUCUUCAACGGGUUGAUGGAAAUUAAAAAUGUAUUUUAAUUUAUACUUCAUCCAUUUAUGGAAUUAAUAAUAUAGGUUGCAAUUUGAAAAUCAAAAUUAGGUAGUGGUUUUACCCACAAAAAUAAUGAUGACAAAAAAUAACAUAAAUAUAAAAUUGUAGAGCAGCGUGUUUCUGAACUUCGCUCCGAAUCGUUCGUUAUCAGUACGUAUAUCGUUGAUUACAGGUAUAAAUAAACUACAUUUAUGAAUCUCAAUCCCACCUACAAAUUAGCCACACCUGUCCUCAGUAUCAGCUCUUUUUUUAUUAUAUGGCAUAGGCGUAAGUCCUGAAGGAUAUUUUAAAAUUAACAAAAUAAGGACCACCUUAACCAAUACCAAUUUGUUUUACUCGAUAAUAAGAACACAACCUAUAACCGAAGCAUAACUAGACACAUUAUUUUAAAUUGUAAAUUAUCUUUAAUUUCCUAAGAGAAUUUGACAACCAUAAACAAAGCUGGACAGUAACUAGUUGAAAAGGUAAAAAUUGAGUCAUCACAGUGGCAUAUUUAAAGGGGAUGGAUCCGAGAGUGGUUCCAUCCUCAUUGCUUUUCUUGUAUAUUAUUAAAUUAUAAUGCAUGAUAACAAUGACGUAUAUAUAUAGAGAUUUUAAGGAUUAUAGAUACUUAUACCUAUAAAUUGAUAAUUUUAAAUUUGAAAUCAAAUAUAUAUAAUAUAUUCAUAUAUUUUUUGUGAUUCUAUAAUAAAAGUGAAAAAUACGUAGUCACCGUCGUAAAAUCGUGAUUAAUUGUUCAUGUCUUAUUUUAGAAUUAAAAUAGUGUUUAUAUAUUAUUAGCCAUUUUAUUAAUUUAAAAAAAAAAAUAUUAUUUUAUUAUAAGUGUGCGGACAUACAUUUACAAACGUAUGUACGUAUUGAAAUACACACACUAGGUAGGAGAGUAUAGCCCCUUAGAGUCUGUGAAUGCAUUUUUUGUAUUCACCCCUAGACAAAUUAUAAAUACGUCACUGAAAUAAUUUUUUGAUAAUAUUUAAAUUAACUAGUUAAAAAAAAAACAAUAGAACGUUAGAAAAUAGUUACACGAAUUUUGUAUAGCAAAUCUAUAGAAAUCUAAAUAUUAAAUUACAAAAUAUUUUAAAAAUUAACAUUUAAUUUAUUGAAAUUAUAUUAUUUUUCUAAAAAUGUGUACUUAGUUUCUCCAUUUCAUUAAUAUUUUAAAAUUAAAUUUAACUUAACUUAAAAUAGUUGAAAAAAUUGAAUAACUAUUAUCCAGCUUUGGCGAUAAAUUACUUAAUAUAACUACAAAAAUAACACAUUUACGUAUAAGUUAAAAAAAGUACCAGAUAUCUAUACAUGUUUUGUAAGUACGUACUAUUAAAAAAAGAACUUUCAACAAAUGCAUUUCAUUUAUUCUGUUUAUUAUCUUUACUAAAUAAAGGUUCAAAAUGUUUGACUUAAAUUGUAUUAUUACAUUUUUAUAAAUGAGGUAACUUAGUAAUUUGUCAACUUCUAAAAUACAUAAUUUUUAUAAGAGUCAUAUAAAUGUAUAUAUAUAUACUUGCGAUUCAAGUAAUUAGAAUUUUAUAACGUACCAUAGGUUUUAUUAAAUUGUUCAAUGUACACAAAUAUUGAAAAAAAAAGUAUAUUAAUUUUAACACAAAUAAAAGUUAAAACACACCUGUGACCCAAUCGUUCAAGUUCGGAGUGUAGGUAUGCAAAAAAAAAAAACACAUGUUUUAAUGUUAGCUUUGAGUAUCUAUAUGACUUUAGUUACAAUUAUUUUAUAUUUUGUAAAAUGUAAAAUGGUAAACGUGCGUGCGUUGAUGAAACUCAUUGAACGAAAAAUAAGACUAGUAAUAUUAUAAAACUAAAGCAUGUGUAUUGUGUGUGACUUAUUAGAAUUAAUUUCAUUGUUGGUGUUAGCCUUAAAACCUCAUCGUAUCGUCAAUGAGAAUGUUUGUAUUUGUUCAGGUGUUUGGUCACCAGAAUUGAAACAUAAAUCAUUAGACUUGGAGAAUGUCUCUCGGAAAGUAGAAAAGAAACAACCACAAGCCGAACUACCGCCAAUAUGGACGCCCAACGCCAGCCCUACACCAGACAGAAAAGCGUACAAACCAGUGAAAUUCGAAUCACCGAUAUUACCUCGAAAACAAAUCAACGAGGACAAUAAAAAAGUAUGUAUUCAUUUAAAUAUAUUUUAUUAAGAGGACUAACUCGCUAGUGCUGCCUUCGUCUUACAUAUGCACGAUAUAGCAAAUUUUCGUUUAGCAAAAUCAAUUGUGUUGUUAGUUUCAAUAUUAAAGUGAAUUGACCAAUUAUUAAACAUUUGAAAAUUGUUAUAUCUUGCUUAAAAUUUAAAAUAUUAAAAAAAAAAAACUGACGUAGUAUCACAAAUAAUAUACGCAUAAGUUAUAUUCAAGUUAGAUAAUAGGUAAACUCACUGUAAUAUUAAAAUUAAAACACUAAAUUGUCGCCUAACCUAACUCGAAUUCACUAUGUCGUGCAUUUACAAGACAGAGACAAUAUAUAUGGGUGUGAUAUCCUUUUAAUUGCAAUUUAUGCAGUUUUAAUUCAUAUAUUUUGCAUUUUAGGCCGAUUCAAAACCACCCACAGAUUUACCAGUAUUGAGUAUACCACAAGCUCCACCUCCACCUCCUCCUCUACCAUUAAAAACGCAAGGUAAGGAAUAAAUAAACAAAUUAUUUUAUAUUUAUAUUUUGAACAUAUAUAUAUAUAUUUUUUUGCACUUCGCACAUAACUUUAUCACAAUUUUGGGUGAAGGUGAUGAAAAUGUGCAGAGCACGGAAAGGAGACUUCCAAGAGUUCAAAGCCCUACUGUUACGCUCCUUCAAAAAGCAAGAGGUAUUAAACCUAAUGUUUUACUACAAUAUAUAGACAUUAGUGAUGGGCAUACCCGGAAUAUCCGACUUAUUUUGUUAGUUAUCGUUAAUAUUUAACCCUGAUCCUUAUGUUGUACUAUAGUAUAAAUAUAGCUUAUAUUAGUACAUUACUUACACAUUGUGAAUUCGUUUUAUAACAUAAAACAUUAUUAUUUUAUUCUUUUUAACAGGCAAUUUUAUAGUUUAUAUUUGUACUAAAAUUCAUUAGAAAUCGCUUUAAGUUGUAUGAUACGAUCGUCUUGCAUUGGUUGAAGAAAUAGGGUGAUCUAGUCACAUAAAAAAAAGCAAAUCUAGAUAAUACGAAUAGUUAAAAAAAACUUUUUUAAUUAAAAAAUAAAUGGAUUUAAAUACCCGGAUAUUCAGAUUUCAUGCCCAUCCCUGGUAGAAAUUUAUACAACAACAUAAAAACACAUUAACGUAUCUACUUUUUAUUUAAUUUAUUUGAAAUCAAACAUAAUUUCCAAUAUUCAUAAUAUUCUAUAGUGUUGUAUGUGUAUCUAUACAGACAAUAAUUGUUACAUUUGCAAUUUUUUACAAGAAUAUAAUAAUAUAAUAAUACUCUUUUAACACUCGAUUAUUAUAAUUCAUUGAUUUUUUAAAACAAGUUUUAAUUUUGAUCAUACAUUUUUUCUGUAUAAAUAUCUGUUACAUUAAUGUAAGUACAUUUUAAGUAAAUAAUAUUAAAAAUUAGAAUAUUUAAAAAAUUUAAAAAAUGUAAUGUUCUAUUAUUAUAUACUUCACCAACUGCAGUAUUUUUUAAUUAUAUUAUUAUGAAGUUUUGUUGAUUGUUAUAAAAUAAAUAUCCCCGAAAAUUCAAAAUAAAUAAAAAAUUAUUAUUACUUGAACAGCUUCAUAACAUUCAUAUACAUUAGUUGCUGUAAUUUUUUAUUAUAAUUUGUUUAUAAUAAUUAUUAGGUACAUUAAAUUAUAACACAAUACUGAAUAUUUACACGUAUAUAAUUCAUUUUCAGACAAUUUCGGUGAAUUGAUUUUGGUUUGAUUGAUUAAUAUAAUAUCUAAUAAAUUAACACACACAUUUUCGUAAGUGUUGAAUGUUGAGCAUGUUACAUUGUUACACGAAUGAAAAUAUUUAUUAAAAGUACACUAUGUACGCAUUUACUACCUCAGUCCAACUUAAUGUGCAACAGCAUAAACAUGCUUACGCCGACUGAGUAGAACUCCUUAAUUUUGAUCUUGAAGUAAAAAUAUGUUUUAUACAAUUAAAAGAGGACCAUAUUAUUCCAGAGGACAAGGAUGAUGGGUUUUUUAAAAUUAAUUUAUUAAGGUUAUGUUCGUUUUAAAACGUUGAAAUAGUCGUUAUUUCUAAAUGAUUUAUUAAAUAUAAUAUUAAGAAUAAUGUUGGUUAAAAAAAAAAUUAUUGUCUUCCACUCCGGAAUAUUGUUUUCUUUUAAUUUUAUAAUAAGUACUUUUACUCUAAAACCAAAAUUAAACAAGUUAUAUUCAAUUGGCAUAACCAUGUUUUUGCUUUGUUACCUAUUAGUUGGACUGAGACAGUAAAUUCUUGGGUGCACAAUUUAUAUUUAUUAAUUAAUAAAUAAAAUUAAAGUUUAAAUUUAACUACUAUUGUAAGUACUGUAUAAAUGUUCAACUAUUCAAAUGUAAAUUACAUAAAUAUAGAGAAAGUUGUGUUUUAUAAUAUUUCACUCCCUAAUUUCGAGAUCUGGGAAUCCAGAAAAUACUGCUGUGUUAAAUGUUAGGUACCUAGUUAGUGUAUUUUAUGAUUUAUAUAAAUUAAAAUUGUCUGUCUUCGAAUUCUAUACUUUACACAUAAUAAUUCUGUAAAAGUCCGUUUUGUUAAGACUAUUCAUUGAAUUCACACUACUACCUAUACCGGCUACUAUAAUAUGUUACAAACUUCUUGAUUAAUUUUUCAAAAGUAUUUACUUAUUUUGCCCAUGAUACCUCUUUUAUAUAGUACCAGAUUUAAUAAAAUAUUUUAAAUGUUUUAUAAUUCCUACCGGGUAUAGUGAGUAUUAUGUUUCUGCACAUGAGUUGCUAAGUUCAAAUUAAGUUAUUGUUUUAAUAUUCGGUAUAAAUAUUACAGCGUAAUGUUUACGACCGAGAAACAAACAAUUUUUGAUUUCAUAUUAUAAUUAUGGGUACAUUUUAUCAUUAUAUAUAGAUAAUCAUUUUAAAUUAAGCAAAUUAAAUUAUUUAUAUAUAUUUUUUUAGUUUAGUUUUAUAAUCCAAUAGUAAUAACAUGAGUAUUUUAUAAUUUAUAUUUGGUUGAGUUGUUUUAUAACUAUAAAUGUACCUACUUAUGUAUACAGUAAGAAUUGAAAUGUAUUAAAAUUAUUAAAAUAUUGGUUUAUAGAAGGACAAUUACCUAAAGGCUCUGCAUAUCUCGAUUCAGAAGAGUAUAAUAUGGACAAAGAAAAUAAAAUAAGAGGGUCCACUGUCAAACGUAAUGUUGAAACUGAAGAAAUAAGUGAGUAUGGAUGUAAAAAAAUAAAAAUAAAUAAUCUAUGGAACUAAUUUAUUAAAAAAAUUUAACCGUCAUACUCGUUUUCAAUAAACGUACAAAAGUUCAGUACAUAAUAUUGUCAUCAAUUCAUCACAAAAGCAGCUCAUACUAGCACGACAGCAUUCAUAUCAUAAUUUAUUAGUCAGUGAGAGGAUCAUCACAUAUUAUUUCGAGUAAAAUUCGUUUAUCAGUAAUGAACACGUGAUCAAAAAGUAAUUAAGAUAAGAUUGACCCUCGUUCAUACGAGUGUUGAAUAUUAAACCGUUUUAGUAUAUUCACUUGUUUGAUAGGUACAAUAUAAAUGCUCGUAAAUUUGAUUAGGAAAAACGCAAAUUCUAUAUUAUUGUUCGAUUUCAUGGUUGAUUUUUGUGAUUUAUGUCUAGAAUAUGCUUCAAAACGUGAAUAUGACAGCCAAUCGGACGAGAAAAAACAAAAAAAAAUGAUUGAAAUCAGUUCGAAAAAGUACGAAGGUAUUGGUCCAACAACCAAAGAAGGAGUACCUAUUGUUUUAAGAUCGGUAUGUUAAAACGUGCAAGUUAUAUUUGAUCAAUAAACCAACACAUUUUAGUAAAAUAAAUGAACUAUAUCAUUUUUUUUUUUCAGGAAAUUAAAGAACCAAACCAACCCAAAUGGUACAAGCAGAUGUACGAAUCCUUACAUAAAUUUCAGUCCGAUGGUAAAUACGUAUAACAAUUUAAUUUAUUCAUAAACAUUUUUUACAUAGUUUUUUUUCGGAUACGAUUUAUAAAACUGUUAAGAAUAAAUUAUUUUAGUUAAAAUAAAAAUAAAUUAAAUUGUUAAACAUUAAUAUUGUUAGUUAACAUUGAGUUGGUAAUAUAUUACAGAUGAAGGUGUUACAGUAAGAUACAAAACAUUAAGGCGAGGUGAUAAAUUUAUAAAUUUUCUUUUUAGAAAAUUACUGUGUUAUAAAUAUAAAAGAAUUUAAAAAUGCUUAGCUUUAGUAAUAAAUAAUAUUAUAACAUUAAUUGCAGCUAUCUUUACAAAACAAUUAUUAUAAUAUAUUUGCAUCAAAAUGAAUUAUUUUUUAUAUAAAAUGUUGAAUUUUCUUAUAACAAAAUAUUUAAAAUAUUUUUUUGAAAAGCUAAAAUAAAAUUGUUUAAACUGUGUACUAGAACUAAAUGAUGUUUAAUAUAAAUAAAAAAAUAGAUAAGACAAAAUAACAAAAACUAACUACUAGAAAUUAAUAAACUAGAAUAGUUGUUGCAUUGUACGAGUAUAGUAAUCUGUGCAUUUGUUAACCACAUUUAGUUAACCACAAUUACUAAAAUUGUGUAUUUUAAAAAAGUUAUAUUUUAAUAUUUGUUAUAACAUUUUCCAAAUUCUUUAUUAUUAAUUUUAAUAUAAUUUUUAGGACUAAGAGGUAGAAAUGGUGAUGGAUAUUUAUCAGAGCCCGAAAAAGGAUACGAAUCAGAUUAUGCAGAAAACAGACUAUUUCAAAACUUGAAUAAUGAACACACAAAAAAAGUUUACUCGAGAAGAUCGUGAGUGUGGACUUUUGGUUCCCAACAACAUUUGUUUAGAUUUAAAAUGCAUUUGAUAUAUUUAUUUAAAGUGUUUCUCCGGUAAAAUGUGGUCAAGAUCGAUACAAAAAUCAGCCAAGACCAAUUGAAAACUAUGAACCGGGUCAUUCAUCAAUUGCUGAAAAGGAGACUAAAGAAUUUUGGGAUGAGAUGAUGAAUACUUUUGACGGGGUAAAUCUGAUUCCGAUCCAUUUAGUAUUAAACAGUUAUUUAAAUAUAUUUUUUUUUAUCUUCAGAGUUCGGAACAUCAAAUUCCUCCUCCUCAAAAUCGGUCGUCAUCGAAAAAAUUAAAUUUAGCUCAGUAAGCUCACAUAAUUAUUAAGCCAAUGUUUAUUUAAAACUAAUACAAUAUAUCAUACUUUUAGAGCUCUGAAAGAAACUGGAUAUGACAGUGAUUCCACAUUAAUAUUUAAAAGACGAGAAAAUCAAUCUCAGUGUCUUUCUCCAACUGAACAAAAAACUGCUUACAAAGUUAUUCAAAAUGGAGGAGAAAUACCUUUUCAAGGUUUACGAAAAACUGUCCCCGAAAGACCUAAAGGUUAGUUUAUUUUAACUCUUUUUCGUUAUUAUUUUUAAAAUAACUAAAUUCAGUUUCUCAAUACUAUUUAAUAAUUCACCAAUCUUGCACUUUUAAUUAUGCAAAUAAUUGUCAAUAAUUCGCAAACGAAAUACCGCAUGAAUUCGGUAUUAAAUUAUAAAACUGAAUAAUUAUAAUAUUCGGAUUUAGUUUUAAGAUUAUUGACUCUGUUCAUUAAUUUGAUAUAUGAUAAACAAUGCUAGUAUUUUAAAGUUUCUAUGUUUUUUGAAGUGUUUUUUUUUAUUGCUAUUGUAUAUUUCUAUAGUUAUACAUUGAACUACUGGUCUACAUACGUACAUUAGCAACUAGAAUUUUCUCACAAUUAAAAUUAAUUUGCCCCUACAAAAAUAUUGUUAUUAUUUUUUUUUCAAAAUGGAAGAUAUACUAGGUAAUUAUCGGAUAAUACUAGUUAUGUAAUAAUAUACACUCGUUUAAUCAUCGAAGCAUAUUAUUAUAAUAUUGAAUACAGUGAACAAAUAGUACAUUUACAUAAAUAGAUAUCAUUUAUUUCAUCAGUAGGUAUCUAAAAUUAAACAUAUGUUUUAAUAUAUCAGAUGGAACCCAAAAAAAAAAAAUAAUCAUUUAUGAUUUAAAAUUAUGAAAUAAUCUAAUAAUUUAAAAAUUAUAUUAUAUUACGGGUAAUGUGUGUUGCACUUUAAAAAGAAAACUGACAUAUUUCGCACGAUGGAUUGUUGUAGGUGAGAAGUUGGGAAGAUAAAGAGGCAAUUUUAUGUAAAUCUGUACACAACGAUUAAUUAUUAUUUGUGAAAAACUAUUCUGAGCGGAGUUCGGUUGUACAUGUUUUGUAAGGUCAUAAUAUUUACGAUUUGAAAUCAAUACAUUUUGUAUAUUUUUCCGUUUUUCCUACGGGUUUUCCCGGUUUUUCCCAUUUGUUAUAAAAACAAUUGGAAAAAAUCAAAAAAUAACCUCCUUUAAAGUAUCACCUUAGUCAGAUUUCCUUUCAGAAAAAGUUCUACAGUUGAAAAUCGGAGUAAACUUUCUGGUAGUUGCUCACAGAAACAAAAAAAAAAUAAAUAGACAUCUAUGUAAAAUCAAUACAUUCCUCACUCCGCUCAGAAUUUAAAAUAUUUAGAUUAAUCCACACUGCUGAUAUUAAUGAUUUGAAACAUAAAUUAUUUGUUUGAUCACAAUACAAAUUCACAAAUAAAUAUUUUAUGAAUAUUGAUAAUAUAAUAAACAUAACUCUGGGAUGCACUAAAAAAACCUGCACUAUCUACUUUUUGGGGAAAUGCUGGCAAAUAUUAAUGGAAGCACUGGAAUAUUUGGGUGAGUGCAAUAAUUAAUACAUAUUAUAUGAUGCGCUUGUAUACCUAUUGCACACAUGAAGAAUCUGGAUAACAAUUAAAAAUAAUGCAAUUUGAUGUGUAGAUUUGGAGUUGGAGUAUUUGCCAAUCACGUCUCAUUUAACUAAAAUCCAAAUUAUGAAAUACGAUAAUGAGAUAGUUCAUCACCCGUGGAAAGAAGUCACUUGUUAUCCAGUAUUUUCGAAUUUUAAAAGAACUGCUAAAUCAUCAGCUAAUUCUACUGGAUCACCGCCUGCUCCUCCUCUGCGUGAAUCGUCUCGUAAAAAUUCUAGACUUGAACGAUGGACAAAAGGAGUCGAUGUAGAAUCAAGUAUUGAAUUAAAAGUACGCAAACCAAAACCCGAAACUGAUAGAAAAACAAAAAACACAAGCUUAAAAAGUUCUACAAAAAUGUAUACUAAUGACUGUAAAAAGGAUAAAGAUAGAGUUAAAGUUACAGUUGCAGUUUCAACAAAAGGAAAAGAUCUUGUGAGAUCUAGUACUUCAUCGACGAAUUCUUCAGAGUCAUCGUUACAUAAAAAAACAAAAUCAUUGUCGACUCCCACUAAAAGUAUUCCAGUUUCUAGAACAACUCAAAAAACUGUUUCAAAAGAUAAAACAGUAAAAAGUAAUUUAAUCAAAAAUAAUAGUGGAAAACGACAAAGUAAAAAAAUUGAUAUUGGCAAAACUCCAAUGAAAUCAAAUAUGAAAAAUGACAAAAUUAAUAAAACUGAUCAUAAGCCAAAUCAAUUUGGAGAAGAAUUUUUUCAACAAUUACUUUUGACUAAUGAAAAUAAAACUCCAAUUACUAAAACAAAUUCAAUUAAAACCAAAGAUAAGCCUGUAGUUUCAAAAGGCAAAGGAAAUAAAAUAGAUGUAUACUUAACAAGCAAAAAACCAGUAUCUCAGUCAAAAUUUAAAUCGCUUGAUAAAUACCAGGCUUCUGGUAUAACCGAAUGGGAUCAAUUUGGCGAUAAAAGUGUUGAUUAUUUAAAAGGUAGAAGUGCUAGUGAACCUCCUUCACGAUCACCAUCCUCUCGUCGUAUUAAAAGUUUCCAAGCGCCAGUUAAAUUGAUUGAAAGUGUAACUGGUGUGCGACGAUGCCAACGAUCUAAAAGUGCUGAAGAACCUAUAGAGAGAGUAAAAAAUGCGGCUGUUGAUUAUGAAUACCAAACUUAUGUGCGGGAACUAAGACAUUCAAGUAAAAAAUCAGAACGCUUUAAAGAGCUACAUAAUUUUUAUUGUAGUUUAGAAAGGUUGGGAGAGUUAGAAAAAACUGCCGAAAAAGCGGGUAAUAAGGUUAGAACACGAGGAGAUUUAGUAGAUUAUGAUAAAUGGAAAACUAUUCGUGUUAAAGAAAGAGCGGAAACUGAAAUAAAAUCAAUUCAAGCGAAACUUGAAGAUGUACAAAAAUCAAAAGACGUGUUAUAUAAGACAAAAGAUCCCGAAGAAAUACGUUGGAAAAAAAAUUUAGAUCGUGGUUUAAGAAAUAAAGAAACUUCAGUCGGUGAUUUAAAACGAAAAUUUCACGCUAUAGGAAGUGAUACUUAUCGUAAACCAGACCUUAAUGUAUACAGACCACUUUGGAGAGGGACCUCAGUUCAAGAUGUUGCUAAUUCAUUAAAACAUAUAACUUCUUCAAAAAGGGGUCGUCCUGUAUCAGAAGACAGAGAAAAACAUUUUACUUCUGUACCUAGAAGAUCAGAUUCUAAAAAUCCUUCAAAUAUCGGUUGCCGAAUAUGGAGCAGUCUUUCAAUGGAACAAUUGAAUCGACUUAAAACGCAAUUGAAUGAGGUUUAUAGCACAUUGUCUGAUCUAAAAGGAGAAAGAACACCAAGAUCUCUAGAAACGAAUAGAUUUAAAAAGGAUUACGAAAUCGAGGUAACCGAUAGAGUAAAAAGAUCGGAAGUAAGUUCGUCGUUGUAUAUAAGAUCGAGUUCGAUGGGACCUGAUAGAAAAAAAGUUAGAGAAGAAGGUCUUAAAAAAGCUGACUCAAUUGGUUCUGUUUGUUUAAGUGAAAAUGAAAAGAAAAAAAUUUCAAAAAAUAUUAGUAAUGAAGUGUUAGAAAAAAAAAAGAAAAAACAUACUGGAAGCCUAGUAACACCAAAAGAAACCUUAGGUGCAAUUGCUGCCGUAAAAUGUAAAAACAAUGCCUCUGAAAGUAUUUCGCCUAGAACUUGCUAUUCAAUAGAUGUAUCCGAAGAAGAAUCAAAUACAAAAAGUUAUGAUAAAAAUUAUUUAUUAGUUUUAGCCGACAACGAAGACAAGAAAAAAAUGGUAUCCGACUGGGCCAAUGGUACAAAUAAUGUCAGUGGGUCCAGCUCAUCUGCUUCUACAGUUAUACACCUCGGUACACAUAAGAAAACAAAUUUACACUCAUCCCAAAGUUUUUCUUCCAUGAAAUGUAUUUUAGGAGAAAGAGAAUAUAUGAGAAAAGUUUUUUCUCCAUCGCCAGAUCGUUUUUUUGAAUAUUCAAGAAUAAUUAAAAAUGGAGCUGUAAAAAAGCUCUGCAGAAAAUUUGAAAGUUUUGACGAUCUUCGAUUUCUGCAGUACACUCCAUUCGAAUCAAAUACUAUAAAAAGGUAUAAGAGUGAUCCUGAACUCCACGGUAAUAUAAUUAAAUAUCACGAAUACGGUGACGUACAAAAUCUUAAAAUAAAAUAUGAACGGGUUAAAAGUCCGGUUCCUAAAUGUCCGUUGAGGCCGGACAAUCGACUUAUGCCCCGUAUUAAUGUUAUCAGUAAACUGGCUAGUCUACAAGAUAAAUUGACUAAGGGUGAGGUGGAAAGGAUUAGAAAUAUGUUCGAGAACAAAAACAGAGCAUUUAUGUUGGGGCAAUUUUAUACUUCCACUCCUGAUUUGAGAGAAGCAAGGAAGAUGAUACCGUUUUUAGACUGUAAUUGGAUGGCGCAUAGAUACCCCGAACCAGAACCGUCUGCGACCAAAUCAAAAGUGAGACCCAAAUCUGCUUCACCGGUGAGAUACAGAAAACAUAAUCAUCCAUCUAUUCUAAAACAUUCAAAACACGAUGGCUUUUUAAACCAACCGUAUAAUCCAGAAGCGCAUAAGCCCAAGUAUAGGUGGACACCCGCUUGGAACGGUGUUUGGACUCAACAACCGACCUUACCUCCGAAACCGUCGGUCGUUAAAUUUAAAGGUGCCAAUUAUUAAUAAUACAUAAUAAUAUAUUAUAUAGUCUAUAAUUAUCUGCAAAUUUUAAAUCUCGGUUAUUUUGAACUUACUAUGAUAAUACAAUUAGUCAAUAACAGAGUAAACGUGUAUUUAAGUGGACCAAACAAAAUUUUUUUUCCGUGAGUAUAUCUUUAUAUUUUAUUUUUACAAAUACGUAAAAUAAUACCAUUAAAUCGUAUUUCACAGGAAAAAAAAUUACUAUUUCACGAACUAGCAUACCUAAAAAGUAUACAAAAUAUUUUAGGUAAAUAACGCAAUUUAUAUACAUUUAAUUUUUUUUACGGUUUAGAUUAUUGUUGCACAAAGAACAUCAGAAUGUAAUUAGGAACAAAUAAUAUUCUAUAGUUGAUAGGAAUAAAAUCAAAAUUGAUGAAGUUAUUAUUCGUGUAACAUAAAAAUGUACAAAAUGUUAAGAUAUUUUUGAAAAUAUAUAUUCUUUAUUUUAUUCAAUUUUUUGAGUUUCGCGGCUAAUAACUUGUUCAAUAUUGAUUAUUUUCUUAUCAACUAUAGGGCCUUAUUUUUUCCUUAUUGGAUUCUGAUGAUUUACCUUCAUACACAUUUUUUGUUCGGCGAUAAUUCAAAUCGUAAAAAUAAAUAAAAUUCCUAUAAAUUGCGUUAUCCGCCUUAAACCGCUGCUCGCGAACUGGACCAUUUUUUUUAUUUUUUGUAAAAUAAGAUUCGACGGUAUUGUCACACUUGUACAAAUAAAAUAUAAAGACACGCCUGUGAAAAAAAAAAAAUAAUUAUUUUUGGUCCACCCUAAUAUACGCAUAUAAUACAUUAACUAAUUAAUAAUCUAAUAAAGCAUAAAUGAACAUUUUGUAAAUACAUCGGGGCCUCGUGAAAACUAUGGUGUUUAUUAAAUUCCAUUGUAAUGUUAUGUAUAUACACCGGUGGUACAAAAUUAAUUUCACUAUUGUAUUCUUUGAAUUCAAUUCGGUUAAUUUAUUUUAUGGGAAAAAACAAUAUUAAUUUUAUACGGUAACACUCCUAAACAGUAAGAGCCCCUAAAAAUGAGCACUCGCCGAUUUUAUUAUUUAUAGUAUAUUAUAUAGAGUACAGACCACCCAAAUCUUUUACAAUAAUAGGUAUGUAUACGAGUAUUUUAUAAAUAACCCCACCCCGGUAUUUUCGAUUUUAAAGAGUUAAACCGAUGAUGUACACAACUUUUGUUACUCGACCGUAAAUUUAAAUUACACUUACGAAAUAGUAUGUCGAAAUGCGGAGUUUCGUAAUGAAUUUUGCCCAGGCGCUCAUCAAUAUUCGUGUUACACGCGACGAAUUAAUGAAUCAAACGAACUUCUAUAAGGAAACCGAAAGUGAUAAAAUGCCUGUCUACCUACGUUUACUUCUGGUUUAAAGCACAAAAAUAAAAAUUAAAAAAAAGAAGCACCGCCAACGCGCAGGUAUAAUACGAAUUAACCUUGGCGAGGGUCAAGGCUAUCCGCAACGAAUCCCGAUAGGAUUUUAUACACCCGAAUUUCCUAUAUAUUAUCCACCAGGUACGGGCGAGCGCAUACAUUAUUGCUGUGACAUUCUUCCACGUUAUUGAUCCCGAUCGUAAUAACAAUAUUAUACGAAUUACAAAAAAAAAAAAAAAAAAAAAAACGAAACCCGCUAGUCGCCACCCGACGAGAGCGCUGCAAUCGCCUGUAGCUCAAUCCCAUUCCGCUUGUUUUGCCGCCGAACAUGUGCGGUAGUGUAUCUAUGGUACUCGGCUUCGGACCAUGUCGUUUGUGUUGGGUCAUGGGUUGGUCGAUUCGAGCGUAUAUAGUGUAUUAUUUUUACCUACUUCGACAUAGUACUCGCGUAUUAUAAUAUUGUAUUUUAAGUCAGUGUACUGAGUGUUAUGGCCGGCGAUGACAUGAAAAAACCGCUUUUGUUGCCGGCUAGAACAGUGAGUCUGAGAAGGAUCGUUGUCAAUGGAGACUGUAAGUAUAGUGCCUACUGUUUCAGUGCCCUUUGUGGGUAAUGAAGCUAAUUGACACAGAUGAAUAUAGCUGUAAAUGAGCUGAAAGUUUCGGUUUAAACGCACGCGUAGCGAGGACAGAGCUUAAAUAAUUAUUGUAGAAUGCAGAGGCCAAUGCAAGGUGCUCAUAAUAAUAACGUACGCAGAUGAAAUCAUUAUUAAGUAUAUUUGUCAUAGCGUCUAAGAUGUUAUACUGUAAUAUAAUGGAUGUUCCUUUAGUAAAAUAUUCUGUUCGCGAAACGAUCGAAAUUUUUUUAAAACUUAUUUACCGAAUAUUAUUUGAAUAAACUGUAAAUGUUUGUAAUAACAAUAAAAAAGCACAAUAUUACAAAUACAGCCGUACGAAAUGUGUGGGUUUUUUUAAAAAUUGGUUUAGUGUUAUUAUAAUUCACACAUUGAAAAGAAAUAACAAAACAAAAACUAAAAGCGCUUUAGUAGACAUUUCAAAAUUCGAAUUACACGCUUCCGCGUGUACAAUAAGUCAAAACUCGAAAAUUGAUCAAAAAAUGAAGAGAUCGAUGUUAAUUUAAAAAAAAAAAAUAAUAAUAAAUUAUACUUCAUGUGCAGUUUUGUAAUAUAACAUGUCUAAUGUAAUAAUUUUUAUUAAUACUCGUAUAUCGUUUAAGCAUGCUUCCGUUUUAUCGAUCUAAUCUAAUUUUAAAGAAUCCGCAUUUUUCAUCCUCGAAUAACAAAAUAGUAAAACCGUGUUUACGCGCAUAUUAGCCAAUACAUUAUAAUGAUCAUCUAUGCAUUUUAAGUAUUAUAAAUUUAGAUAACCGCUAGUAGUGCACGUACGGCAUGCUACCAAUAAAUUAUAUUCGUCGAUUUCAUUCAAAGGAUCAAAGUAUUCGCGAAAGUAAAAUCGAUUUUAAAUAUUUAUUUUUAAUUCGUUUUGCCUAUUGAACAUACAGUAUAUUAGUAUACUUUUAGAUUUUAAUAUACGCAAAAGGAUUAACGAAAUCCAGUGCGAGAAAUUAAUGUUUUUUCAAUGUAAUUAAAUCGUUCGCGAAAAAAAAACUGAAAUAAUUAUAUUAAUUAUUACCUAGGUACACAGAAAUAAAUAAAAGUUUAUUCAACGUAUUAAUAGUAUUUGAUAUAUUUUACUCGCUUUAUCUGGUUAUAUUGAAUUAUUACACGCGGUUUUGGUUGAGAAAAAUAGGUGUUAAUAUAUUAUAAUUAUGAUUUGAUUUUUUUUUUUUUUCAUAUGACGUGUACUAUGCGUACGUCUUACCACCGUGCACUAUACAUAUUGCAUAAAGGUACCUACAUUAAAAUAACACGCGUAAUUCUAUUAAACGCUUAUUUGUUUAAUAACUUAUUCGGGUUCGUUCGACAUUAAAAUGCAAUAGUAUGGUAUCUUGAACGGGCAAUUUGGAUUCAUUUACGUGUUUGAUACUGUCGUGUGCAUAUUUCAAAUUCAAAGUCUAUGACAUCACAAUAUUCCGCUAUAGAAACGAUAACAUAAUAUUUAUACACGUUGAUGGUAUAUUAAAAGAAGAAAAAAAAGGAUAAUGUUACCUUGAGCGAAAUAAUUUUUGUCCACGGUUUAUUCCGUCUUCUAUAGAUAUAACUUCUCGUUUUGGUUUUAAAGAAUAUGAGAUCUAAUCUCGCUGCAGUAAGGUCCUCCCCCCCCUCCCGUCCGAGCAGUGAUCUAACAUUUAUACUUGUCUUGUACUAACAUAAUAGUAUAAUACCGACUAAUGGUUUGUGUAUAUGUGUAUAAAUAUAUAAUAUUGUAAUGUAAAAUAAUAUCACAACAGUUAUAAACCAUCUCGGUGUUAUACUCCGCGCGUACAUGAAAUAUAUUUUAAUACUAGGUACCAUUCAAAAUCGUGAAUUAUCGUGAACGGUUUGACCGCAGCAUGUUAACCUACCUGUGUACGUAAUAUGUUUUAAACGCGCGUCUGGUAAACUCAUAUUUUAAUAUUAUAUUGUUUCCAGAUAGAAAACAAGCUCGAGGACGUUAUAGGUCAAACGGUUUUGUUCCGCCCACGUAAAAAAAAAAAAAUAAUAAUAAUAAACUCCAGCUGUAUAUACCACACUACUAUAAUAUACAUGUACACACACACGCACAUACAAUACCCUUUCGCCCCUUCGCUCCCCGCCCCUCGUCCUCGUUCUCUAUCACCAACCCCAUUCCCGUCUUAAGGUCACAUUCGGGCGCCGCCACCGAUAUUAAAUUAGAUUAUUAUAACGCCGCACUUUCAACGUACACCGCGUUAUAUCGUACGUUAUACACACUACCCUUAUACAGCUCUUUAUUGUUUGUUUCUGUUUCAAACGACCCUGUCUAUCGUAAAAAUUGGUAUCCGAACCGGGCGCGCACGUACGUAUAUAUAUAUAUAUAUAUAUAUAUAUAUAGGGGGUCCCAACGGGAAAUAAAUAACAAUUGCCUCGUAAAAAAAAAUAAAAACAAAAAAACCUGUAGGUCUAUAAUACUUUUUUUUUACGAGCCUCGUCGCUUACAGAAACGUGUUUUAUAUUUUAUACACACACACACACACACACUCAAGCGGCGGCCCGGUACGUUAAGUGCGUGCACGCGGUAUAUAGUAAAUUGUUGUCAAUGACCACGAUAAUAUGUGAAUAAUGGAAAAAGCGUGGUGUUGUUUAAUCAGUAUAGUAGCAGCUGGUCGAUCAAAGGAGAAACGACCGACCAGCAGCUCUUAUAAACGCGUACCGCGGCGGUCGUUGCAGCUGAGCCCCGAAAACCGUAUUUACUUACAAUAUAUUUCGUAUGUGCGUGUGUACAAUGCGCAUGCCCCGUGAAAUCGAUCGAGUUAUCAGUGUUUUUCGGCGAACGUUUCACGAAUUCCGUUUACCUCAACCGCGGGUUUCGGUUUGUUUUGUAAUUGUUCUUCCGUGUGUGUGUGUUGCGUAGGUACGUACGCGCAUUUAGCGUAUAUUGAACGCUACGUACGUACACUAUCGUCGUUAUUAUUAUUAUUAUUUUUUUUGUCAUUGUUGUUAUUAUGAUGUUCGGCUGCAAUUUGAAAUACGAAACUUUCUUAACCGUCACACGCAUAUUUGCAUUUUUUUUUUUCCCCGAACAAUUUUCUCCGUUUUAUAACAAUAAUAAUAAUAAUAUUGUUACAAUGCAUAGUAAAUAUAAUUUUAAAUGUUUACAUUGUUUACCUACCCGCCGUUACCGGUAUAAUAUUAUUAUACGUUUACGUGUACGAAAGAAAUCGCGUUCUACAUAAUGACAGCCGAUUUUUAUGGAUUUCCAAUAUACGAACGAAUCGCUUUCAAUUUACUCCAUAACGAUAAUAUGUAAAUUCUUUACCUGACAAAUAGAGAAAGUUAUAGGUGCCUACUACAGGAGUCGAACGAUAAGACGCAUAAUCUCGCAAACUUGCAUAAUAAUAACAAUAAUAAUUAUCCAAUUAUUUAAUGUGUGCAAUCGUGUUUUUUUUUACCAAUGUUUUAUACCUAUCAUAAUUCACAAUUAUUCAUAAAAAAAAAAAAAAAUAAUAAUAAUAAUAAUAAAAAUCUAUCCAUCUAUAUACAUAGUAAACCAAUACUUUGUAAUAAAUCAAGUGACGCAAGCACGUCAAUCACGAUCGUAUAAUAAUAAUGUCUUAUUGCCUAAUAUAUUUUACAAGCCGCCCUCGGUGCCCAACAUAAUAUCACUUAUUAUAAUAUUGUGUAUCGCGGCAUCUGUUAUUUUUUUUCGACGCCCCGAAAUCGUGCGCGCGCGUGUCUAUUUUUAUAAUAUUUUACUAAACAAUUUCCCGAGAAACGUAUCGCGGAAAACAAGUAAAAAUAAUUUUUGUUUUUUUUUUUUUUUUUUUACAUUUUUUCUCUAGUCGCGAAGCUUUCACGCGUAUAAAAAAAAAAUAUAUGUACGGAACAUGUUUCACUAUGCUAGAAUCUAUUGUCAAACGAAGAGAAACCGAUAAUUAUAUCGCCGUUUGGACGUGUUUAACGACCCGUGUUACAUUGAUCUUCCUCCAUUCACUAAUAAUAAAUAGCACGUGUUCGAAUAUUUUCUAGACUGAAGGUCUUCUACUCGGUAUUAUAUUAUACUGCGCCGCUGCGUCUCGUAUAUCUGUAUAGUAUCUAUCGUAUACUCGUAUACGGCUGGAAAAAAAAGUGCAACGAAAUACCUAAACCUCCGUGUGCCACGCGACGAAUAUCCUACUACCAAAAGACAUUUUACUUUUUCACGUUUAGGUUUUAUCGAAACCGACGGUACACAUGAUAUUUGUCGACAAUAAUAUUACACAGAUAGGUAGGAAUAAUAGUAGUAAAUUACUGUUGUGCCGGCGGUAAACGCGACGUUAGGGUUGGCGAGUGAAGGGAAGCAAAGAAUGAAACUUACCGCGCGCAAUUCAUUGUGUUCGUCGUUAUUGUUGAUUUUGUCGUCAUUCUUUUCAUUGUUGUUCGGUGUCGCUAUAUACCUAUAUUAUACUAUCACUAUAUCCAUAUCCAUAUUAUAUAUUAGGCAUAUUCGUCGUUUCCUAUAUGGUGUUCAAUUCCUAAUUUUAACUGACGGCGCGUUAUUACUGCACUAGGGGACUAUUCACAACAGCCGACUUUCCUAUAAUAAAAUAUCCAUGCUGCGUUUUACGGCUUCGUUAAAAACUAUUGUAGGGGUGUACCUAUAUCGAUUUACGAACCGUGAAUAGUGCUCGGAAAAUCUACUAGAGUCGGUUACGCGAUUUCCUGUCCGAGUUCCAAUCGCGUUCUACAGCGGAUAAUAGCGCAAAAUUUAAAAACUUUUUUCUCUGCAAAAAACUUCUCGGUUUUCGAUAGUUACAAUAACAGUUUCUUGCUUUCCGACUCGAGAACACUUGAAAGUAUUUCGAGAAUUUAUGUUGAACAUUGGAUGUAAUGUAAUUAGUUGAGAUUUGAUAGAUACUCGAGCAUAAUUUAGUUUUAUUUUUUUUUAAAGUCUCUCGAAUAUAUCUACUUAAUAUUAUCCAUUACUGUAUUAAAGUAUAAAGUACGAUAUAAAUAAUGUAACGAAAUAAACUAACGUGUUUAUGUUUAAAAAUAAAACGCAUUUUAUAGAUUCACCGCACAAAUACACAGAAUCAGAAGUCACGCUACAAUACCGACGUCCGGUUCGGAAUGAAAUUAAAGAAGAAUGGUCAGAAGAAGACCUGGCUAACAAACAGGCGGAAGCGAUGAGAAGGAUUUACCAAGAAGAAAGAAGGAGAAAGUACCUUCAAGAACUUCAAGACAUGUCGAACAGAAGACACGCGGACAACUUAUUGUUAGUCAUGAUUUAGUCAUUUUAGUAAAAUGUUCAAAAAAUAAUUCAAUGUUUUUUAUAGGCCUUCUCAAAAAUCUCCUAUUCCUUUGAAUCGUUACGACGACUUUUUAGACGAUAGCCCUCAGCCGCCAAGAAGUCGAACGCCAGAACCAAAACUCGUAGCGAGAGCAUUAUACAAUUUUGUCGGUCAAACGUCCAGGUAAUAAAACAUAAAACGUAGUUACAUAUUACUUUUUCCAACCAUAAAAAUGGUAAAACUGCAGCGUAAAAAUAAUUAUAGCGUAGGUAUUUGUAUUUUGAUAUUUUUGUUGAACUUGUGUAUAGAGAACUGUCGUUCCGGAAAGGUGACAUCAUAUUCGUCCGGAAACAGAUCGACAAAAAUUGGUACGAGGGGGAGCACAACGCCAUGGUCGGAUUGUUUCCUUUCAACUAUGUCGAGGUAGGUACCUAUGCAUUGCAUUUUAUUCAACAAUUUUUUAUUUUUCCGGUCCAUAAAACGCACACGCAAUCAAAACCCACAAGAGUGUAACGUUUUUUUUUUUUUUUUUUUUUUGUUUAUUUAUUUUUGCCAGGUAAUUCCGUACGAUGGCAUCAGAACAACACCGCACCGACCUUACGAGGGUCAAGCAAGAGCGAAAUUCAAUUUUGUAGCGCAGACCAAUAUGGAAUUAUCGUUGGUCAAAGGUAUAAAAGAAAAAGAAACAUACAUUUUCGAACGAAUUAGUUUUAAUGAAAAAAUAUGUCAUGUUCAUUUGGUAAACACUGUACAAAUAGGUCUUUGUGUAAACCGCUUUUUGUGAUUAAACGCAUUUUUUACAUUUUUUCGAGAAGACAAAUAUGCACGCGCGCGUAUAAAACAGUUACCUACAUAUCUUUGGUCUGCUUUUUCUCAUCUUCAGGGGAACUGGUUGUUCUAACUAGGCGGGUCGACAACAAUUGGUACGAAGGUAGAAUCGGCAGUAGAAAAGGAAUAUUCCCUGUAUCUUACGUCACGGUCUUAGUAGAACCAGGCGACGCUCCGAGUAAUUAUUAUUUAUGUUUUUGUUAUAAUAUAUUAAAGAAAAAAAAAAAUUAAAUUUUAAACGUGACAAUUUUUCAACUUUUGUGUUAUAGAUUCAUCAAUCAAUACGUCUUUCAAGCCCGUAGCUUCCCCGGCAUCGCAUUCUCUCAUUACCAGUAAUCCGCCGAAGACGCAGCACAUGUAUCAACCGGAUAGCUAUAAUUCCUCUAUGGUAUCAUCAAAUCGUCUAAACAAAAAAAAACUUGAUUUACUUUAUGAAGUUAGGGAAACUUAUUGUCGAUGAUAUUAAUAUUGUAGCCGACCAGAAAUUCCGGAUCACAGACCAACAAGAAACAAACGACGAAUAACGAAAUGAACGAAACACUACACGUCGACGUACAUUCUGAACCUAUGCCGUAAGUGAAUUUUUAAAUGUACGUAAUAUAAUACACAAGUUUGUUAGGUGUUACACUUACUUAUUCGUUUAAUUAUAAUUACUAAUUUCAAAAUAAAACUUCUUUCGCUCCACGAUAGUAUUAAAUUAAAAAUAGGCGUAACCGUUAACGAUGAAAAAUGACCCUACGAAAAAUAAAAAAUAAAUAAAUUUAUUGUUUUUAUUGAUAAUAAUAAAACUAUAAUGCACAUUAAAUACAACGUCUAUAAUAAGUAUACUCGUAUAACAAGUCAUGGAGGUGCCACUCAGUGACAUGAUUAAGUAGGUACCUACUAAAUUUGUUAUAUAUACCUACAUAUCGAAACAUAUUAUCGAAUUAUAAUCAAAUAUUUUAACUAUGUACAUACUUGCACAACUUUCGAACAUGCAGGCUUGUCGUUUUGCUUUGAUAUUGAUUUAUGAAAUGGUUUUUUUUUUUUUUGUUUUUGUUUUUAAAUUAAAUAAUAGGUUACAAGUAUAAAAAUCACAAAUAAACACAAGUUUCUUGAGCUGUGCGUUUGGAUAAAUGUUGAUAUUUAUACAACCCUCAACUGAUUAUCUCUUGAUACUUUCGUACUAUACGUCUAGACGGAACAUUCACAAUCAUAAAAACGCCUUCCGGUGGGUGAAAAUAAACUGAUAACAAUACAAAAUUUUAUCAUUCAACAAGACUAUAGAAGUUCUAGUUCAGUUCUAGUCUUCAUAUUAUCGUUAUUCAAAAUUUUUUACAAUAAUACAGAAUAAUACUACAAUAUUAAGAAGGUAUAUAAACCAAGUACCUAUUUCAAUAAGCUAUCCUCGAAGUGUAAAUUUGGUCCCUCUCGUCCAGUCUAUUCACUAAGCAUGCUCACCCCAUUUUUUUUUUAUUAAAAAAACCAAAUCCUUCCUGCUUAAUCUAAACUCGUCGUGGUUUUCCAUCGUCUAUAGUUUUAGGUUUUCACUUGGGAUACUAUAAUUUCUCUGGAGCAGUAUAAGAUUUGGCACAGUAAGCACCGUACGGUUUUCGUACUGGCAUGUUAUUUUUCAAGAAGUAUAGUGUGCAUCCAAAGUUUGUAUUUAUUUGCGAACCAAUAUGUUGAAUUUUGGGUCAAUUUACCCGAACGUGUUACAGCCGUUUAUACUUAGAUACUUGUAGUUCUUUGUUUUUAAAUAUGCAUAGUUUUAAACAAUAACCAACAAAAAAAUGAUCGAUUUAUCACACGAAUUGUUGAAACAGUUAUAGGGCGUUAUACAAUUAUAAGCCACAGAACAGUGACGAAUUGGAACUUAGAGAAGGUGACGUAGUGUUCGUCAUGGAGAAAUGCGACGACGGAUGGUAUGUGGGAUCCAGUAAGCGGACAGGAUGCUUCGGCACUUUUCCCGGCAACUAUGUCCAACGCAGUAUUUGA